UGUGUGUGUUGAACAGCUCAGCUCUGUGUUCCAGUGUGGGUCUUUGGUUUAUAUCAGGAAACUAUGGGUGUGAGGAGACCCUUUCCGAAUCCCUGCCCACAUGUCGGUCUGCAUUCAUCAAAGGAAAAAUCACAUAGGUGAUAUAUCUGCGGAGGAUAUGAUGAGUUCGUCCCUCACACCUAAACUUUAAUCAUUUUUUAAAAGUGGAAUAUGGUCAAUUUUUACUACAAAGAGUUGUUAAAAAUGUUUAUUCCUCAGAAUGAACAACCACAAUAAAGUGAAGAGGGUUAAAGUGUUUAAAUUAGAUCUCUGAUAAAUAAAUAUUGGCCUGAAAAUUAAUCACAUCACAAAAUAUCUUUUUUUAGGAAAUUAUUCAAAUAAAAUCUAGAUGCCUACUAACUUUUUAAAUAUAAACAUAUUUACAUACUGUAUUCAUAAAUUAUCUGAAUUUCCCCCCUGCGUGCUGCAGUCACUUAGUCCAACCAACAGGUGUCGCUGUUAAAUAAGUUUCAACGCCUUUGUCUCUCCCUGCCGUUUUCCAGCUGCUCGGUCCGGUGCGCAGGCGCAGUAAGGAAGCUGAGUCAAUUCCAAGGACCGCAAAGUGCAAUGAAGUGAAGCUGCCUUCAAAAUAAAACAACACUAUUGCGAAUAAUCUGGAUGAAUGGAUAUAAAAUUAGACAACAUUAAGGAUAAAGACAGAAAGAGAGGAUAAAAACAGCCAUAAAAAUAAUAAAAAAAACAACAACAAACUAUAUCAACAAAGAUUUAAAGUGAAAAUAUAGAUACUAUAGCUAUUUAAAAAUGUUUAAUUUAAUGUUUUUAUGAUGAUUGAUUGAAGGUUUUUUUUUUACAUUUAAAUAAUAAUAAUAAUAAUAAUAAUAAUAAUAAUAAUAAUAAUAAUCACCACAGUGAAAAUAACAAAACAACAACAAAACGAUGAUAAUAGUUACUCUGAUUAUCCUGUGAAGACAUAUCUCUUUAUUUUGUUUUAAAUUUUUUUUAUGUUUAGGCAUUGUUUUAACUCCUCACCCAUACCAUUCCUCAGUCUAACCACACAGAAUGAUAUGCAAAACUGUUUUCUGCUUGUGCGAAUUUUGUUAAUUUUGAAAUUAUACUUCCCUCUUAAUUGAUAACCCCAUAUCAGUCAGAAAAUAUCAAUUUCAAUAUGGAUGCAAAGAAUUGCUGAUUUUAAUUUCAUUGACUGAUUUAUUUUUCCUUCUUGUAGCUUCUUUAUUAGUAAAUCAUAUAAAACACAAACAGCAAAGGUAUGAAACUGCUUUGUUUGCUUUAAUUAUCUUUCAGCUUUGAAUCAUUAUAAGUUAAGGAGCACACUUGUCUUUUACCUUUUAACACACAAGUCCACAUGUGUAAAUGUUGUUUCAGAUUUCAAAUCUAAAUCUCUGGUUGGUCUGAAUCCGGUUACCUCGGUGACAUGUUAAUCCUGUUUGUAGCAGGUGGUAACCUUAAAUUCUCUUUGGCUCUAAAUCCACAAAAUUCCUCAACAUCUGAGCCUCUGAUCAGCUCUACGGUAACUAUACAAUCUAACCUAUAACGACAUUUUACAUUAAUUGAAACUGAAUUUAACCAUGUGAAUUUCUGAUCAUGUAGAAUCCUUAAGAUCUUCACACAGAGCAUUUUUUUUUUCUUCAUUUUAUUUUGAAGAGGAAAAACCGGAUGUGAAAAUCCUGCUGUUGUUGUUUGCCGCUUCACGCACCGUGCAGUCGGGACGGCGAACGCGGUUGAGAGACGCGAAGAGGAAACUGACCACGGCGCAGCUCGUUACCCUGGAGAGAGUCGGUGAUCCGCCGUUUACCUGAACGUUAGCUCACCCCGCGUGCUCUCUGCUUUGGAUAUACUAACGACACGCGCACACACCGGGAGACCCGCGCGGAGAGGGGGAUCGCUAUGGCGACGUUAGGACCGGAGUCCGCUCGUCCUCCUCUUUCCCAGCUCGGUUCUUCCCCGUCUAUCCAGACUCACAUCGGAGGCGCCAACCUGCCUCCUAACCGGGGCUUGGAGCGCGCUCUCGAGGAGGCGGCAGCCAGCGGGGUGCUCAAUCUGAGCUCCCGUAAACUGAAGGAGUUCCCGCGGACCGCCACCAAUCACGACCUAACGGACACCGUGGAAGCAGGUACGAGCCGCAGGGACCGGGGUGCGUGAGCACUCGACCCACAAUUUUCUGUACUUUAAAGAACUCUUGUGAUCCGCAGCGGAACGGAGAGAAGCCGGUGGAAAUUGACUCAUUAUGGUUAAGAUCAGCUACGAUCGGCGGAUACGGCCUUUUAGUAGCCGUUCCGGAUGCGGUGGAAAUUGGGGGUUAAGACAGUGAAGGUAUUUCUGUCAUAUUCAGGAGGGUCCGUGCUUAUUCUGCGAGGCAGACAGAAAAGGACCAUAAUCCUGCUUGUUUGGGAGAGUCCCGGUGUCUGAUGUUUUCAGUGUGUGAGAGCUAAAGUCUAAAACCUCCUGAUCCGGAUGCUCAGUUGUGUGUAAACCCCCCUCUGAUAGGGGUCUCCUGUCUGUGCUGUCACCGUGUCUGGGUUUGGGUCCUGCACAUGUGGAAGGAGGUGGUGUGUUUCCAGGUUGCAGUGAGUGUUUUCAGGAUGUCUCUGUGGAGUGGGCCUGCAGUGGAAUUCCCCCACACUUCCCUGUAUUAAUCCAUUUAGAGAUGUAAACAGGCUGGCGGACUCAGGAGGGACUCAGAUCUCUCAGUGUGUGGAUUUCACCUGUGCUUGCUCUGAUUGGUUUAGACAGGUUCAGAUGAGCUGAGGUACUCCAGUUAUAGUGAAUCGGCUGGUUACGUAAUUUAGCAUCAUUCUUUAAAGCUCCUGUCAGGAGGUUUUUAUGUUAAUGAAGUGGACUGAAAUUCAUAUUAUUGCUUUUUCAUGACUUACACAAGCAAACAAGAUAAUCACAGAUACAAUCGAUGAUUUUUAUUUCCUCCUUUUUAAUGCAUGAAAUAAUGUGAGGGGAAAGAUUUAGCAUCCACAAUAAAUCAUACAUGUCUGUCAGAAGUCAACAGGAUGAGAUUUCUCUGAGAUUAGCUUGUGAAGAUGGAGAUAAACAUGACUGCUUAGUCCACAGGAGGCGCCACAGUUGACCCAAACCUCAUAGGAGCUUUAAAGCUCACCAGUGUUUGCAUAUUUACCAUCAUAGAGAUCCCUGUUAUCCCAUUAUCCUUUAAAAAUAAAAGCACUCUUUUGCAUCUUGAAGGGAUAUGCCGACGUAAAAUUAAGUUAGGGUCAAACUAUGGCUGGGACCCAUUAUGUGCUGUUGAUUAAGUUAGGUGCUGUUCUGAGCAUUAUUUGUGGCUAUAGAGUGGCGUUUUGGUUGAGGUUUGUUUAUGGCUCCUCAGACCGCUUUGUAUUGCUACCGUGCGUCAUUACUAAAGUUGGUAUAACUAGAGAAGCAAAUGGUUGGCAACAUUUAUCUCGAGGGGAUGUCUAACUCGGUGUUACGGUGUGUUUGACCCUAAAUUAACUUUACGCCGGAAUAUCCCUUUAAAUGGCAGCAAAUUAAAUCUGUCACAGUCACUGGAUCAUGUUUUUUAAAGGGCGUCAGUUAUUUAGUUGGUGCUGUUUGUUUAGAGAUGAGAUUAUCUUCCAAAACUGUGAUUUAUAAUACUCUCCAUUACCUUUUUUGUUGCCUUACCCUUCAGUUACUUUCUCCCUCUUCUUCUUUAGUUACAGUCAGUCCUCGUUCAUGCUGCAGUUGUACUGUAGAGUCUCAGUGACGUCAUGGUGCUGAACUUCACUUUGUUUCUACACUGGAAAAGAAAAGGUGUCUUAUAUAAGCUGCAGGGAGGCUCACUGUUACAGGAACACACUCAGCAGAUACAGACACAGAUACAGAGCACUGCUGCAGGGUUACCUGAGUCUGGAUCUCACCUGCUGACACCUGCUGCUGCUGACAGACAUUUCCCUCUGCUGAAAACAGAGUUCAUCUCAGAGCUUGUAUCCAUAUAUUGCGCUUGAUCUCACAUCUGUUGUUGGUCUUGUUCUGUGCAGGUUUUCUGAUCGAAUCAAAUCCGGGCUGCUGCGUAUUUAUAUUCUGCUUCGGUUUCUGUCUCCUCUCAUGAAACCAUCCCUCUUGCUCUGCCGCAUGCUUUCAGGUCUGUCGCAGGUUUGUUUUUGGUUAUUGUGUCACAGUUUGCAUGGAGUCCAGCUCAGCGUCAGGCUGCUGAGCACCAGGAGCUGUGACAUGAACUCUGCACAUUGAAAUCUCCGUAUUCAGUGUGAAUAGAAACAUGCAGAGAUGCAGAGUCCUGCAGCUCUGUGGCUGUUUCUAUUUCAAUCUGACCUACACGCUUACAUGUUCACUGGACUCGGUGUUUGAGGCUUUUGUUAUCCAGUGAGGGAUUUGAUCUGCAGAUUUCUAAAAGUAUCUGAUCUUUUUGUUAUUUAAUGUAGGAUUUGGUCUGAAUUUCCAAGAACUGUGGAUUUGAUAUGAACUGAAUAACAGUGAGAAUUUAACCAUGCAUAUCACUUCCUGUAAUCUACUGGGACUAGCUUGAUAAAAAAAAACCACAAACCAUGUGAUGAGAGAGCUUAAUGUGUGCAUCCUGGACCUGGGCUGAUCCCUCUGAUUGUCAGUCCUGCAGACUCAGACAUGACUCAGACUUUUGUCAGUGAAAUCUUUCUGCUUCUGUUUUUUGGCGGUGAAGCAAAUAAUCAGAUCGCAGGACAUGCAAUUCCAGUUAUAUGACCUGAAACAUGUCAUGCUGUCAUUGUUUCCUUGUAGUCCUAGUUUACUUUAGGAUAGACAUCUACCUGCAAUCUUAUCUGCUGAUGGCUGUGCAGAGAGUGUCUGUAUCUGUGCGUGACAUGACUGUUUAAUGUAAACAUGCAUGUGAGCUGUUAUGCUGCUACAUUCACAGGUACAUGGAAAAUGCUCAUUUAUAGGCCUGUUGUUUGACUUGUCCCAGGGCUAGUUAAGGUUUGAGGCAUACAUACAUAGUGUAUGUGGAUGUAGUCUCAGUGGCGUACUAAUCCAUUUGUUCCAAAGCCCAGUUUUAAGGCCGUUUGCCAUCAGCACCAUGCUGGAAAUGGUGACACAACCUAACUUGUGAUCGUCCUAUUAUGAGGCAAAGAGGCGGGCCUUUAGCCCCCUUGCCAACAGCUACAUAGUGGUCGCCUGUAGGUCAAGUCAACCAUGCUCCUUAUUCACCAAAACAUUUUUAGGUAAAGAUAGGGCUGGGCGAUAAAAUGAUAAUGCCAUAUCGAAAAUUAAUUUCCCUCAAUAUCAAUAUAAAACUUGGUCAAUAUGCUUUUCAGUAGUCAGCAUUCUGCCAUGUUUUGGUAGACUAUAUGAAUAGCCAAUGAAAAGGAGAUUUGCUCCAGGUCCACUUCGCGCUGAACCAAUCAUGUGAGCUAGAACCAGCAAACAACUGCGUAUUAGCAGGCUGUAGCUACACGCAACUGUAGCAUCUUAACACGUGAAGCUGACAGCACUGUUGGUGAGAAAAAAAGGAAAUGAGUGCAGAAAUGUAGAUGAAGGCUCAACAGAUGAUGACAUUGUUGACAACACUGGCACGAAAACGUUAGUGGUGUGGAGGUAUUUUGGUUUUUUGAGGUCGGACAUGAAGCAGAGUAAUGUGCACUGCAAAUUAUGUCGAGUACAUGUUCUCACAAAGUUGGUAUACCUCAAAUCUUUUUCACCACCUGAAGCAGUGCCACGCGGCAGAGCAUGGGCAAUGCUAAAGGUUACAAACCCCAAGCCCAUGGCACCUGUGCAGCAGGAACAGCCGACCAUUCAGUCCUCUUUCUCAAGCGCAACACCUUACGACAAAACUUUGAAGAGACACAAAGACCUCACAGAUGCAGUAGCUUAUUGUAUGGCAAAAGACAUGCUGUUAAAGUUAAUUUUUUAUACCGUGAUAUAUAUUGACUAAUAUGAAAAAAAUAUAUAUCGUGACAAACUUUUUUCCAUAUCGCCCAGCCCUAGGUAAACAUUAUCUGAUCACAGAUUAUUGAAAUAAUGUGAAUCAGAGCAGAAAUCAGACUGAUGCAUAUAUCUUUAAACUGACCGUCUGUGUUAAUCAGCUGUGCAUCACAGUGUGUGUCUGUCACAGAGUUAACCUGUUGCCCUGAGACCUUUGAACUGUCCUGUUUCUGUUUCUGAGUUUAAAUCUGAUCACACCAGAGUCAGAUCAGCCCCCAUUAUGUUAGAUCACACAGAGCAGUGAGUCACUGUGACACACACACUCUUACACACACUAACACACAUACACCCUCGGUGGUUGGUUGUAGCCCUCUAUCAGCAGCAGACGUGUCUGAACCUGCAGUGUAACAAACUGGAGCUUCCUGUGACUGAUAGAGGCGUCAGGCUGCAAAAGAGGCAGAAAAUGAGGUUUCUCUGCCGUUACAAGAUAAAGACAUGUUUUUGGAAACACAUGGAAACAAAAGUCUGACUUUACAUUAUUUCAUUUUAGAAAAGAUUACAUAUUUUCAGACUUUUUUUUUUUGCAUUAAGUUCAUCCAUGUUUGAUUCUUUCUCAACUCUGUAGGGAAUCGAUUCUUGAAAAUGCUCAGAUCUUUACCAUCUGGUCAGCUGAUUUUGUUACUGAUAUUGUUAGCACAACAACAUCGUUACGUCGCAGCAUUAACCAAAAUUUUUAACAAUCACUGAAGGUAAAACCAGCCCACUUUAUUUAGGUAUAUUCAGUGGGAAAACCACCUUAUUAUCGGGUCUAUAUGAUAGUUGUUAGCUUGUGUGUAACCGCUGAUGUAUUGUACAGAGUUGAUUUAUGUCACUUGGUCUGUAAAUCCCCCCAAAAAGUUUCUGAGAGUCCCAGGAUUUAACAACUUAAAUAUGACUACAAAGUUUAAAACUAUAAGAGCCCAAAGAUAUACAAGCCUUAGUUUUUCCUUAGUUUCCCCUCAAGGUACAUAAAGAUGUCUGAAAACUGUGACUCAGACUGUUAAAUCCUCAAACCUGACAGCUGAGUACAAGUCAGGUCAGACAACUCAUCUCAUAUCUGAGAGUGAGUUUUCUCAAUAUAACACAUCGUCUGCUGCUGAACAAUCAAAAUAAUCUGAAAAAGCUCCAAGUUGGUCUUUAAUUUUCUUAUCAGCACCAGCGUCAGGUACCUCUCGCCAACUUUCUACCACCAAACAGAAACCUUUGACUAAGAUAAAGCUUCUUCAUUACAGAUAAUGAAACUGAUGUUAUUUGGAGUUUUAGGGGAUUUUAGCUGAUAUCAUCAAGAUGAGGACGGUGGAGGAGAGGAAAUCUAACUGACCUAACUGGUCAGUCGGCUCUCACGCUGCUGUUAUGGUGGUAUCAACUUAAACAGAAGAGAAACUGUGUAUGCUGAGGUUUCACAGGGAAACAGGGUUUAAUUUCAGCUUCUGUCACAGAGGACUCUCAGAGUUUUAAUGAAACUCAAUUACACUUAACAUGAAAGACUGUAAUAUAAUCAUGGUUAGACACAGUUUAACUUAAGUGGGAUGAAGAUGGAGUUUUGAAGAUGGUAAAACAGAUUCAGGAGGUGAUUUCCAAACCAGACCAGCUGAUCUGUUUGAGUUUACUGUCACAUAAACACAGAUCGUCAACUUAGCUAAUGAAUGAGAAACUGUUAGAGCGUGAUGUUUUGAAGCGAUACAGUAUUUCUUCUGCAGAAGCUGGACUCGUUUACUUUCUGUUCCUCUGCUGUUUCAACCCAGAAACACGUUUGAGCUGAAGUUUUCUGCUCCACUCUGCAGCACAGACAGUAACUAUAGGAUUUUAAUUGUGUGGGUUUAAAUAAACUGAAACUGUGAGUCUGUUUACAUGUGAAAUUGUGUCCAUCUGCAGCCCACGUUUGUGCCACAGACACAUUUCUGCAGAUUAUCAGCCUCUGUGAUUGUAUGAGUCAUAUCGACAGUAGCUACAUCCCCGUGAGUGUGUGUAUAUAUAGCAUGAGUGUGUGUGUGUGCGUUUAAGCAGUGCAGAAAGAGAUUACAUAAGACUGCAUGAUUUUAAAUCACUUUAAAAGCAUCUGUUGGAUAUUUCAGAUCAGAUAAAUCCUGAUAAAAAUAGAUUCUGAUCAGAACCUGCAGCUCUAACGUCACGUUAUAUCCUGACACUCUGCAGCUCAUAAUUUGAACUUCUAUGAUUUAUAUGAAAUAACUUAAAUCACUGCAGUGUGACUCUAUCAGUGAUCACAUACAGCUGUUAUUUUACUUUAUUUUUUUUGCAUUAAACAUAUAAAUAGUCCAUAUGAAGAAUGUAAAUCAAUUCUUAUGAGUGUCUUUGAAUCAAAUAACAACGAUAACACUGUUGUACAUGAAGAAAUAUGCAGGAGUACACGCACAAGAUUCCAGUCAGUGUCAAUAUGAUGAUUUCUUGUUGAUGUGAAGGUAUACCUGGUUAAUUUUAAAGAAGCUGCACAUUUUAAGAGGUUUUUAAACAUAGAAAUCAUAGAAAACAUUGAUCAUAAAUGUCAUUAAAGACAUUUUUGAACAACAGCUGAUGGGUUUUAAUCAGUAUCAAAACGUUGCUCACGUCUUUUUGGCCUUCUCUUGAUUUUUUUUAUUUAAUUUUUUAGUGAAACAGUUUUUUAAAAAUCUGUCUCUAUUUGGUUGAAAGUGUGAGGCAGAAUCGCUCAUUGCAGAGGAUACUGCAGGGACAUGUUAUCAGAUCUAAUUUUAAUGUGUGGAUGGAUUCAUAGUGUGAGCCUCAAGUGUGACACUCCUCCCAGUUUAACCACCCUCACUUCCUCUUCCUCACACACACACAUACAUACACACACACACACACACAAACAGGAAGCUGUGGAUUCUCAGGAAUGCUGUGUGGUGUUGGUCAGAGGAGGGUCUAUCCGCUCUACGUUUCCCGCCACACCUGAACGUCAUGACAGCUGGGACACACAAACACACACUCUUGCACACUAAAACACACGUACUGAGGACACUGACAUUAACCACAAAAACAGGAAUAAGAUGCUGCCACACAGAAAAUAACUGAAAAGAUGUCAAUAAUCACACAGAUCUGUUAAAAAGUCAUUAUUUACUUAACCUAACCCUGAUCCUGACCUUCAGCCAUAUAAAUCCCUUCUUAAAUAUUGACUCUUACCUUUACUGUCUCCAUCCAUGGAGGGUCAGUAAUAUGGGGGAGGGGCUGAGCUUCAUGCAUAGUGAAUGAAGCAGUAAAUGAAGCAGUUAAUGGAGAAGUAAAUGGUUUCUCACAGAGGAGUGAACAGUGUUAAAGACCAGGCUAGAGCUCAGUAGAGACAAAGGAAUCAAUAUGACCAGACGAGACAGGGUGAAGGUCGACGUCAGGCAUGUAAAGGUUAUUGCAAAAUAACAGAGGCAGCAGCUGCAUUCAAGCUCAGGUGAUCGGAAGUCAGAGGAUCAACAAAAUCAUGUAAGUAUAAGACAGUGUGUGAGUCAAUGCACCAAUCGAGUAGCAUAUAUUUUUGGCGAAACUAGCAAAAUUUCAGCAUUCAGGUUUGUAUUAUGAAUAUUUUUGUUCUUCCUGUUAUUAGCGUAAUACUCAGAUCUGCUGAGAGUCAAUAUAAAUGAACUGCUUUUAGAAAGGGAAUAAUGAUAUCAAAACAUGUCCUAUCUAAUAACACCAGCUCCAGUUUUGUUUGUAUACAUUGAAAUGGCAAUCCAGAGAAGAGCAAUGUGUCUCUUUUCUGGAACUUACUGCUAAAUCUGGGACAAAAAUGCUAAGAGCACAGUGCAGUUAAAUUAAAAAGCUUUACUUUCUGCUUAAGUAUUUAAAAAUGUCAAACUCUUCAAUGAUCAAAACUGAAAUUCCUCUGGAUGGUCUAUCUGUGCUGUUAUACAUGAUAUUGUACAUAUUUAUACCAUCCAAACAAGCUGGUAUAAACUGUGAAGCUUGUAUCACAUCUGUCAUAAACUGACUUCACUACAUAGUAGCAAUGACUAACCUGUGAGUAGAUUUCAGCUCUGUCAGGAUAAGAGUGCACAGUUCAGCUCUGAGCAGCAGAGAGAGGAGAUGCUAACAGCUCAUCUCCGUCAUGUUAAACAUGCAAAACUGGAGAAAACUGCACAGAGCUGUGAGGGUGCUGCUGCAUUUGAAAGUCCAAAGUCGUCUCGUCAACAACAGAUGUGACUUGAAAUGAGACCAUCUAAAAAAAGUUAUCUGUUCAUAAAUGUAUUUGAAACUCAGGUCAGUGUGAAUAUGGGCCUAAACAUGGUCUGCAGUGAGCUGAUCAGGACUGAGAUGUCAGGAGAGACAACAAACACACAACACUCCAACAAAUACAACACAUAAGAGUUUUUACGACUUCAAGUCUGCCCUCCUGUCCCUGAGGCUUCAGAAUAAGAGACUUUUUCUCUAAAGAGUGUUUGUGGUGAGCAUUAGAAACCACAUCCAGCAGUGGAUCUCGGUGUGGACUCUGGAGGAGGGUCGGGGUGUGAUUAUAAGGACACGGUGAGGUGGAGCACUGACCGCUGAGAUGUAGAGACAGGAAGUGACCGCUCCCCCUCCUCAUUGUUUCCAGGAGGCUGCAGCUCUGAUGGUUUCCUGUCAGGGAAACAAGAACCCCCCCCACCCCCUCAAAAACUGCAGAGCUGUGGAGUUACAGCUGCAGAGAAACAUCACAUACACAUGAAGACAUAUACAGUAUUAAUAACAAACCUGAGAGUCUGCAGCAGAGCGUAGAGCUCAGCGAGGUGGAGCUCAGCGGGUUUUAGGCUGAUGGGUCGAUAGUUUGUUCUUACGCAGUUUGAAAACAGGUAGAUUGGCUGUACUUUGGAGUAAGAAACAGAGAAACUGAACUGUGGAUGUUAAACAUCCAGACACAAAUGAAGCCAUCAUCUUUGAGAGAUCUUCAGGCUGAUUUUGGGCCUGACUCCCUUAAGACUGAAGUCAACAAAGACCCGAUCAUCAGACCAGUCUGAGGAUGAUCUUGUUUGAUCAUCUUGUGGUGUGAAGUGUGUUCAGGCAUGAAAUUAAUCGAAGCCGCUUCGACUUAAGACCAUCAAUAUUUAAGAUGUUCGAUAUUUACGGUCAGAUAUCCAGAUGGAGAGAGGAAUCUUGAGGAUCACUGAGACCUCUCUCUCUCAUUCUCUCGUUUUUUUAAAAUCGGUUAAGAUUGAAAGUUGUUUUAGUGUGUACGAAGUCUUUCAGAAGCCCUUUUCGCCUGUGUACAACAAAAUCUCCAAAAACUGGUGCAUGUCUGGACACUCCAAGUUUUCACCCUCUUUCCAGCAAGCUUCCUCUGGUAAACGUUCUGUAAGAAGUCAGAGUGAGUCUGUGGGUUUUAGUCCCUCUUUCUUUCCUGCGGGUGAAACUGUGUUUGAUCUUUGUAUGCCAGAUGAGGUCAUGACCUCACUGUAGGUCGCCUGAUCACAGUAGGUAGUUUCCUCUUUUCUCAACCUGACACCUCAAAGCGAGAGUGUGACCUUAGGUUGCUACACCGGUUACAUGCUGUUACCAUGGAGACGAUGCCACACAUUACAUCAUCACAUGUUCCCAAAACACUGCCCCACCGUAGGCUGAUAAUCUGUGUGUGUGCGUGUGUGAGUGUGAGAUGAGGUCACAUCUCGUGUGUGUGCCUAAAUUAGGAGUGUGUUUUUUUUCCUCUCUCUUUGUGUUUGCGAUCUGAGAUCAGAGCGACUGUGAGGCUGUGAUGUGGAGCAGAAAAUAGAAAUGGAAACACAAACGCACACAAACAGAUACACACUCAGAGCAGACUGUCUGUUGUUAACCUACAUCUAAACACUCAUUCGGCAGAACUGAAAUGAACAUGAAACAAGAAAAAAAGAGGAAAAAAACGUUUCGUGACACGAGGAGUGAAACUGUCUUUAGCCCGCGGACCUUCAAAAUCAAGUACAGUUUUAUUUCCAUUCUACUUAAUUUACUUGUAUCUAAUCUAAUUUAAUCUAAUUUGGCUUGAACACUGCAAUCAAGAUGGGCAAUGUCAGUCACAUGGCUCAUAACAUGUCAUGCUGGCACCACUUCCUGGCACACGUCUGACUGAAGCCAAUUUCUUCUAAACACAAAAAUACUCAACACAAAAUAAUAUUUAAAACAAAUGAUAUAAAUACCAGAAUUUUAAGUGUUGCAAUUAAUAUUGUAGAAAAGGGGAAAAAAGCUAUAUUACAUUGUUUUUCUAAUAUGGUGCAGCCCCGACAGUAUGCCUCUAUUUUUGAAGAAACUGGAUCCAGACACACUGAUCUUCUCAGUCUGAAUGUUGCAGAAAAUACAGAUUUUACUGCCAGUCUCACAAAGCGAGUGGAUUUUACUGUAACUAUAUACAUAUUCCUAUUCACUUUUAGAGUUGAUACCCCAAACAUAUCAAUAUUAUAUUUAAUACGACAGCAUUUUGGACCACUCUUGUCUUCUGUCCACCAUGAUCACUUCCUGACCACCUUUUGAUAUGCGUCACAUUAUUGUUUUGCAGGACACAAGGAACACAGUGGAAGGCAUAAGGAAACUGUUUAGCAUAAAGGCAAAUAGUGUUGACAUCUCAAACUAGCUAAAACCAGUUCCUGAUCUCGAACCAAAUCUUGAUUCCCAUCCACAAUCUGCAUCUACAUCAAGAAAGUCUAGAAACACUGCUGUAGAGAAGCUAUCUAAUCUGCAGAGUUAAAGCAGCUGGUUUGUCCAAACUGUAAACACAUAAAAAUAACCGUGCGUUUGUUCUCUUUUGGUUUGUUAUAUUUAGUAAGUAAAAGUUUACUCUGUGUGAUUACAGCCUUGUCUCCACCUGACUCACAUCAGAGUUAAUUUCUCUGAGCCUCCUCGAACCCGACAUUAACACACUGAUCCACAGUCACUGCUGUAAUUCACCUCUGGACUCAAAGACAUGGAUUUAUGGAUUUACGUCUGCCUCCUUACAUCCAUAAUCUCCUUUAAUUUGUGUUUGUCUUUAGUGGGAUUAGAUGGUGUUCUUACUCGUAAUCAAACACUGUAUUUUUACUCACAGAGGAGGUUAAAUAUCAGGAGUGCACAAAGCUCAGUCAGAAAUCUGCAGAAAUGACACUAGGAAGCAUUGAAUUUACAGCUGGCUGUGCAUCUACUGAAAAAAAUAUUACUACAAUAGCGAUGUUUUUAAAAAUAAUAAUGUCCAAACGAAGAUAUUUCUCCUCCUCUUCCUCUCUGUAUGAAGCUGUAGUUUUUCCUAAAUGUGAAACGUACAGUUUGAGUGUCCUGACAGACGCCAAAAUCCCUCUGAAUAAAUAAACAGGAGCACUCUCUCAUCCUCCAAAUGUAGGCCAGCACACACACACUUGCACACACACACACUCACACACACACACACACACACACACACACACCUCUAUCACCCACUUAAAUCCGCCUGGCAGCAUCCUGGCAUCCAAACAUCUCUCUCUCUCUCUCUCUCUCUCUCUCUCUCUCUCUCUCUCUCUCUCUCUCUCUCUCUCUCACUCACACACACACACACACAGCAGAAUCUGGUUCAGCAUCGAGCACACACACUUUCCAUACAGCUCUCCUCCUGCAGGCUAAUCCUAACACACCAUGAAGCUCACGCCAACACACAUUUGAGCACAUAUGUUCACAAACACACACAUAACAUUGUACAUACAUAAACACACUCACAUUAACACACAUACUUACAUAAACAAACACACACACACACAUUGAAUGCAGAUUAAACGAGCAGACAUGUGGAGGUUGAGGAUUUAGCUCUCAUAACUAAAUCUGUCAGAGUGUAAUCUAAGGAUUCAGCCUCACCUGCUCAGGUGUGACAUUAAAUCACACUGUGGGGGAAGCGUGUGUGUGUGUGUGUGUGUAUGCGGUUAAUAUUGAUGAAGCUUUAUUCCUGUGUGGGUGUUUCACUCUGUGCUCGCUGAUUGAAUAAACUUGUGUGUUUUGAUGUUUUUGACAAAUGUGAAAUCGGAGUCUAUCAGUAUGAAACUGUUCACCUCUUUGAAUAAAACUUGCUUUAAAUCUCUUCUCAACAUUCAGACAUUUACCAUCUUCUGCUACAGGAGCUGCUCAGUGAAGCAGAUUAAAUUCUAAUACAAACCUCAGUCUGGGUUACAUUACUUUAAGAAAGUGCAGACACCUCAAGAGAACAAGUAUUAAGAUUUAACUUUGUUUAAAAAGCUCUGAACUGGGAGCCCCUCCAGAAACUGCAGAUAUAAAUAAGCAUAAAGGUGUUCCACAAGGAUCUGUACUGGGUCCUAUCUCAUUUUAAACGAUUAAUGUAGUAGUGUUACCUUUUCUGAUACCGAUUUGUGCUUAAACAUUCCCAACGGCAUGCAUCUGAAAGACAGUAAGUAAAGGUUAUACAUUAGGGCUGGGAAGAUAUACUUUUCUCCCGAUUCGAUUCUUCUACGAUAUUUUGGAUGCCGAUUCGAUUAAAAUUGUGAUUCUACGAUAUUGUCGAUUGUCUCGAUUUUAGUCUGCAUUUGUGACACCAUUGAAACAGUUCAAUUAUUAGGAUUGUCUACUGACUAUUCCAGGAACCAUAUUUUCCCAAAAUGUAAACAUCAAAUGUAAGUCACUCUUACACUAGAAUUUACUGUUUGAAUUAUCUGAACCAAUAAAUCUUAAUUCUUAGCUAAUGUUAUCUUAACACACCUUCAAUUAAGGGCAGAUGUAAAAUGUUCCCUUUGUUACAUCAUUUACAGAGACCAAAUAUAAUUCCACCAUCAGACAGAAAUCAAUUCCUGUAACAAACAGAAAAAACCUCCAACAGAAACAAAAUCACUGUCUGAGUCUGUACCAGUCUCAGCCUACAGUCUGAGCCACAUUUCAAGGUUAAAGACUCUUUGAAGAUUUUUUGUUUUAUGUAUUAGCCAAUUAGAUUUUCCCCAAAGGGUGUAGCCCCUCCCCCCUACAGAAAGAAAAAUAGAUAUUUUGGUUUUUGACGACUUUAUUUUUCUGAAUCAAUUUCUCACAGACACACAAAUCCUGUUUGUGUUCAGUAGGGUGGUGCUGGUGUGUGUUUAAGUGUGUGUUUUUUGGAAGCGGGUGUCGUCCCCUGCAGCCCUGCCAGUGGCCACACACACACACACACACACACACCACAUCACAUCAUCACUAAAUUCAACAACAAGACCCCCACCACUGACCCACAUCUUUCUCUGCUGUCAGCAUAUCACCACUCUGUGUGUGUGUGUGUGUGUGUGUGUGUGUGUGUGUGUGUGUGUGUGUGUGUGUGUGUGUGUGUGUGUGUGUGUGUGUGUGUGUGGCAGGUUUCCAGUUUGAGGAAACUCCCCCUCUUUAAUCCCAUUACUCUCUCUGCCGCCUGCUCUCUCCCCUUUUCCUCGUUUUUCUAUCUCUCCAUAUUUAAUCUUGAUUUUUGUCGUCUGUCUCUCACGCCAGUUUUUCCUGUCCACUGUCUCUCCGUCUGUCUGAUAUCCUGUCAAACAUCUGUGUUUUUACCCCUAUAACACUGCUUUUUUACUGUUAGUACAGCUUGUCUCACUUGAAAUAGGAACAUUUGCAUAUAUCCACUCUGUUUGUUUUCACCGUCUUUGUUAUACCGUAUAUUAUUUAUAAAUAGACCAAUAAGAUGGCCAAUCUUUGUCUGUCUUAUGGUUGAAUUCUUUGAUGCUGAAUGAAAAUAAUUACUAAAAUGGGGUUAAAAUACCUCACAUUUGCACUACUUUAGUGAACGCACUCAGUGUAAAAUUAUCUCAGACCAGAUCCUCCUGAAGGAUUAUGUCUGAGUGAAUUUAAGGAUUAAUUUUCAGCGACUGAUUUAUGAUGGAAAAGUCAUUUGAAGGUUUUAAACGCAUGAAUUUAAGAGUAAAUGAGACUGAUUUUAAUAUUCAAACAUCUGCAAUCCAACACUUUAAAUAUUUGUCUAAAAUUAUGUUUGUUAUUAUAAGGAAAUCAAUAUUUAUGAUCAUGACCCUCUCAGCUGUCUGCUUUAUAAUCACCCCAACUCUCUAAACCUGUAAUCCACCGCUGUCUGCCGUCAGACGGUCACUAACACACACACUAAUACACACAGGCUUUGUUUCUAAUAAACAGCUGAUACAGACUCUGUUAGACCCACAGUAUCUCUCUGAGCAUCAGAGACCUGACCUGAGACUGGAGUCAGACUGAGUCUAAACCACAGACUGGAUUAAAUGUGGACUCAGUGUGAUGCUGCAGUCAUGUGCUCCUCCUUGGUCCCACUUUCUGAGUCAGGAGGUCGCUCUCCUGAUUCAUUCAGUUCAGAAAUAUGGAAAGAUACAGCAAUAUUUUCAUAUACAGAGCAGCCCUUAUUAUCACAACACCAGACAGUAUAAUCACAUAUCAUCAUGUCGCUCCCUUUUAAAGGUUAUGUCCUAUUUUGCUUGCCAUGUUGUUGCAGGAGCUGAAAGCAGAACGUUAAUGUAUUUCUGUACAUGUCCAACAUUUUAUCAACAUGUUCCUGUGUGAACGACUGAACUUGUUGGAUAAAGCUUCUCCUGAAUUGGAGGUUGUCUUAUUGGUUGGUGUUGACGACAUGUGGAUUUAAAACCCUCAGCAGUGUGAGACAGCUGAUGACCUUUCAGUGUUAUUAAUUCACACUUACUCUCACAGUCACACACCUGCACGUGGAAAGGUGAGGCGUAAACCUGCUGUUUCUGCUCUCCUGACUGACGCCUCUGACCUUUACUCCCUCAGCUUGAUGCUGACACUGAAACAUCUGUUGCUCUGUCCGUUUGAGGCAGGAUGUUGUGUUUUUUUCCCUGUUUUCAUAAGUUUUAAGAACAUAUCAAACAUGAGUAGAAAUAUUUUGUCACCGGUUCUGUUCAUAACCUUUAUGGACAGAAUUUCGAGGCGCAGCCGGGGGGUGGAAGGUCUCCACUUCGGCAGGCAGAGGAUCGCGUUGCUGCUUUUUGCAGAUGAUGUGGUUGUUCUAGCUUCGUCCAGUAGUGACAUUCAGCUCUUGCUGGUGCGGUUCGCGGCCGAGUGUGAAGCGGCUGGGACGCGAAUCAGCACCUCCAAGUACAAGGCCAUAGUCCUCAGUCGGAAAAAGGUAGAGUGCCUUCUCCAGGUCAGAGGGGUGGUCCUGCCUCAAGUGGAGGAGUUCAAGUAUCUCGGGAGCGGCGUCAACAGUAUUGCAGAUGCUUAACCAAUCAGUUGUGGUGAAGAAAGAGCUAAGCCAUAAGGCGAGACUCUCGAUUUACCGGUCGAUCUAUGUGCCGAUCCUCACCUAUGGCCAUGAACUUUGGGUAAUGACCGAAAGAACAAGAUUGCGGAUACAAGCGGCCGGAAUGGGUUUCUUUCACAGGGUGGCCGGGCUCAGCCUUAGUGAUAGAGUAAGGAGCUCGGACACUCGGGAGGCGCUCAGAGUAGAACCGCUGUUCCUCCAUGUCAAGGGGAGUCAGCUGAGGUGGCUUGGGAAUCUGGUUAGGAUGCCUUCUGUACGCCUCCCGUUAGAGGUGUUCCAGACAUGUCCCACCGGGAAGAGACCUCGUGGCCAGCCCAGGACCUGGUGGAGGGAUUAUAUCUCUCGCCUGGACUGGGAGCGCCUGGGAAUCCCCCCCGGGAGGAGCUGGUGGAAGUGGCUGAGGUGAGGGCCAUCUGGGCUUCCCUCUUGAAACUGCUGCCCCCGUAAACCGGACCCGGAUCAUACGUGCUGAAGUGCUUUUCUGCAGAGCAAGACAGUUUCGAAGUUUUAAUGCAACCAUGUGCAACUCACCAAGUUGACCUGACCUUUCUGUCCUCUGAACUGUGUUCAGAUGAAUCUGUCAGCAGAUAGUGUAACUGCACAAACAGACGGACAAUAGCUUUACUUUCAUUAUCACCACGGUUACAGUAAACAGCAGCUGCAGGGUCAAAGGUCAGGGAUUAUAAAACCAUGAUAGAGCAGAUCUCAGAGGAGAGUCAGGUCAGUGUUUAUCUCUGAUCUCUCUGUUGUAAGAAAAUCUAUAAAUGUGACUUGUCUGUAAUCUGGUCUGUUGACUUUGGGAAAGUGAACUGGAGGGAAUUUGAUGAAAAAAAACGAAAAUCAAUGAGCACAUGGAAAAAAGAUUUGUGCCAGCGAUGAGAUAUUUAAUAAUCCAGAACAUCAGGAGACAGAGUUCAGCAGGAGUUCAGAUCAACUCUCAGUCUGUCUGUCUGUCUGUUUAUAAACCAUCUCAGUCCCAUGUUGGUUAUUAUCCGUCUCAUUACAGCACUCAGGAGCCAAAACAAACUCAUUCACUGUGAUUCCAUGACAAUAAACAGGCUGAAAAGAUGCUGAAAUAACUACAUCAGGAUGGUGAUGUGGAGGAAAUCUGAAUUCAAGAUUUGUCAGGUCUGUCUGCUAAAAACGGUUAUUUUUUGAAUGGAGUUUGGUGGCAGUAAACUGAGGAUGUCAGGAGAGUCAGUGAAAAUAUGUUGUUUUAGGUUAGAUGACUGAUUUGUUAUCGAUGUUUAUGACCAUGUUGAGAAAUUUUGCAGAGAAGUAGCUUCAUUUUAACUUUGUAAAUGAAAACAAUGACGAACUGACUGAAUUACCAGAGGCCAGCUGUCAUUUCUGCUUGUUUACAUCCAGGUAGUAGAGUCUUAUAGCAUUACAGCUGCACUCCAGCAGCAUUAUUGGGGCCUAUGAUGAUAAAGUUUUCAUAAUGAGGUUAACUGAGAGAAAAUGUAGUGCAGCCUAAUGAGGGUGAUGAGGUUUUAAUGUUAAGUCAACUAAACAUGCACAUCCAGUGUCCACAGGGGGCGCUAAAUCCGCACAAACAUUACCCUCUUCACAGUAGCUUUAAUGGUAGCCUGCUGCAGAGGAAACUGAAGAAACUUUUCAGUCAGACUGAGAGAUUUCUGAGGUCAGCCCAGCUUUACGAACCUACGUACUGUAUAUUUAGACCUGUGUAUGUAUGUGUGUGUGCGUGUGUGACUGUGUGUGCUACUGUGUGUGUGUUUUGAGUGUAUUGUAAGGCUGUAGAUCCGUCGUUUGAUUCUUUGAUCUGACUGAUUUAACCUCUCAGACUCUCAAACAGCAUGAACACUAUCAGGUUUCUGCUCCUGCGUGUGUGUGUGUGUGUGUGUGUGUGUGUGUGUGUGUGUGUGUGUGUGUGUGUGUGUGUGUGUGUGUGUGUGUGUGUGUGUGCUGAAGGAGCAGACUGAUCUCUCUGGGUGUUCUCGUCCUACUUUCCCCUCAGUGCAGACAGAAAGUGGGGCGAUCGAGGCAGCGAUGAGUUAGUGAGGGAGUAGCAUGGUCGUCCUGUGAGUGUGUGAGGUAAAUACCUCUUUAAAAAAACACACACAGAUUGCUUUCUUUAUUUUUCUUUGUUUCUCUGUGUUUCUUCUGUGUGCUCCUUCAGCAGUACGAAGCCCCUCGGCUGCGGUUGUGUUGGCGCUCUGCUCUCUCUGAGCGUGGACGGGGAUUCGGUGGAUCUUGGUGGAUGUUGUUGGAUGUGUGGGAGGAUGUGGAGCUUGAAGUACUCGCUGUGUUAUGUAACUGUGAGUUCAAGUCGGAGAACAAAACAAAGAGUCAGAGAGUAAUGGAGCGAGGAAGAGGAGGAGGAACAAACUCUGAUUGUCUGAUGAAGCAUCAUUAUUCCUCCGUCCAUAUCCUGUUUGUUCCUGACUUUAUACAUUUGUAGAGUUUGCAAGUUCCUGCCUGAGACCAUUUGUGGGAAUCUGAGUCAUCUUGGUAGUUUCUGGGUUGCUCUGCUCUGUGCAUCAGUACCAGGAAUUCCUCUUAACUGCAGCAUCAGUCUGAAACCGAAACUAAAGUGCACAUUAUCUUCUGGUUUUAAUAUGUGAGAAAGGAGAAGCUGAUGCAAACAGAGUCGCUGGUUUUACGUCUACAGUUGUCUACGUGCAGUUAGUGCAUGCAUGCUUGGUGAUUUUGGUUCUUGUACUUUAGGAAACCAGGAAGAGGGGUAGCAGUAAAUAAAGACAGAAAAGAGUCUCUGGAGCGGUGAGUUCAGCUUCAAAGCUCUGCCAGAUGGAUCUCUCCAUGACACCAUAACUGUCUGCACUUACUGUUGAUAUAGCGCUGUGUGAUUAAACAAAUCUUGAUUUCAGUUUGGAUUAUUGCCCCAGGAUCAUAAAGAUAUGAUAAUGGAGGCUGACAAUCGCUGUAACGCCUGCUGUGUUUGCACUCGUGUUGUCCUAUAUGUCGAAGGAAGCUCAUCCUCCUUUUCUUCCGCUAAAUCAGGACAAGGGCUCAGCUCUCACUUUGACUCCAUCAUUAAGAGCUCAGAUGUACAACAACUGGGGCGCCACUGGCCUUCAGGUCCAAAUAAAGGGCGGGUUUGCUUUGAGCAGACAGUCCGGGUCUGAUCUAGCCCGGGGCUUCUUUCCUGAAUGUCACACCCCGCUCUCUCUCUAUCUCUCUGUUUCCUGCUCCAUCCACUGACCUCCUCUCUCUAAUAAAAACAGGGUUUACAUGCAGCUUGUAAGUUUAUGACACAAGGAAGUUACAGCUUGUGCAACAGCGGUACAAACUAUCAGACAGACACAGGUGGAGAGAGGAGAGCAGGGAGAGGAGCAGGAGGAGGCAGACAGAACUUUACAUUAGAUUUUUUCUUAAAUUACAUAUUACUCAGAUAAACAGAGAGGCAUGCUUUUAGGGCCGUCAAAACUGCUCCAAAAUGAGAUUUGAAUGUUCGUCCUGAAUAUAACACAUAUUAGGAUAUGUAGCUUACACGGCUUGCAUAGAACUUUCUCUUGCUCUGAACUUUUUCCGUCUACCAUUUCUGCCCAAAACCCAAAGAAUUUCCAAAUGGAGCUUCGGAGCUAAUGGAACUAAAGUUCGUUGAGGUCCAGACCACUCUCUCCAAGUUUGGCGCCGAACAUCUCGCUAUCUUUCUCUGCGUGUGCCAACCUAGCGACUAGAUUUAGCGACUUUUCAGACCCCCCUAGCGACUUAUUUUCAAAAGAGCGCCUUGCAACAAAUCUAGCGAAGUUUAGAGACUCUAACAUGAACGCAGGUAUCGAUGUUACUCUCUCAACGGGUAGCCGCUGUGCAUCAAAAACAAAGACACAGACACCCGGCGGAAGACUCCUCCUCCUCCUCCUCCUGAGGUUUGGGUGGGGUGAGGGGUCAGCGGUGGUGGGUUUGACUGAGAAAUUAUGCAAAUUAGGCAAUGACGUCAUCUAGAGACUUUUACGACAGCCACUAGCGAAUCUCCUUACUAAGGAGUUGGCAACACUGUGUGCCACAGACAUUUUUUUGACGAGUCUCGGUGCACUACAGUUACUUCGUUACAGUGCGCUCACUCACAAAGCGACCACAUUUUACUUACUUUUUUUUUUCCCAACUUGUUUUUUUCCCCCGCUGUUUAUUUGAUAAUCGAAUGGUAAUUUUCACAUUUGAAUCUUGUUUUUUUUUUUUUUUUUUUUUUUUUUUUACAUAUUCUAAUAUAAAUUAGAAUUUAGAAUAUUCGUUGACAGCCCUGCAUGCUUUAGUAAAUCAGAAAAGUAAAUCAGGUCUUUCAAAUAGCUCAGAAUAAUUUCUAUUUAAAGAGGUUUUAAAAUUCAGAUUUAAUGAGUCAUCGUUUUUAAUAAUCAUGAGUCAUCGUUUUUAACAACCAUGAUCUUAACAUAAUUAAAAUAACCAUGAUUGGGAUUUUUGCCAUAAUGGAGCAGCCCUACUGUUAAGUUUCCACCGCAGUACGCCAACUCUCACAUAUGCCAAGUUCACAGCUCACACAGAGAGUCCUCCUCCUGCUCCUCCUCCUCUUUGCCAAAGCUGUGAUGUGAGACACUGUGAGAGGAAAUAAUCUUUUUGAGUGAUGGAAAGUGUAACUGACCUAUCUUCUGUUGACAUGGUGAAAAUUCUCCCGGUUUGCGUUCACACGUGCUGCUCACUCUGACAAGUUUUCAGCUGUUUUUACCUGUGUGAACACAAACUGUCCUAACAUUAUUUGCCUGUGUGAGCAUGUGUCUGCCACAGACAGUGCUGAGAGGACAGUAGACUGUGGUGUCAGAGCGCCCUCUAAUGGAGGAGGAAUAACAUGAUGACACCAUUUUAAAACCACAUCUGCAUUGUUUUCUGCAGUAUAUGAUCCGUUAGAAGAAUUUUCUAUCUGUGCAUUAAAAAGACACUCUCCAUGGUAGGAGUGUGCAUUUGUGAGUGUGUGUGUAUAUGUGUGUGUUUGUAAAAAUAGAUCAUGAGUAGAAAUCAGAGUCUGCAGGAGAGAAACUCACAGAGGAGCUGAGAUUGUUCACUGAGCUCAAAUAAAUCGACUGCAGGACGAGGAAUGUUCCAGUAGCACCGGAAAACAAUUCAGAGAGAGCGUGUGUGUCUGUGUGUGUGUGUGUGUGUGUGUGUGUGUGUGAGUCCACGUUUGUGUGUGUCCUGCCUGCCAUCAACAGACCUUAUAAAGCAAAUCUUGUGUUUUAAUGGUUUUUUGGGAAUGUGUGUGUAUUGUGUGUGUGCAUAAAUGGCUUGUCCUCCCACAGGAAUCCUACAUGACCUAUUUCACAACCCACGUCCAUCUGCCACAACCACACACACACAUGCACACACACACACGCACACACAGAUUCUAUGUUUAGAUCUGGAAACACUUGCACAAUCUGCAAAUAUGCAUUUUUUUGCCACAGGGUAAACAUGAAACACACUGGUUCACACACACGUGCGCGUUUACUUAUUGUGCAGCCGUUGAUGCAUGCAGCUUCACACACACGCAUGUUUGCAUCCAUGAUGCUGCAUCCAUGCAGAAAGUGACACACAGCCAUUCUUGAACUUUCUGUCUCUUCUUCUUCUGCUGCUGUGUGUGGAUUUAAAGGUUAACAGAGUCAAGAAUAUGAAUAUUUUAUCAUAAAUUUAGGACUCUUCCUGUCUGGACAGAAAGGUUUUGUGCGUUAAAAAGCAGCACAGUUUCUAUUCUCCUCGUUUUUCAGUCCUCGAUGAUUUUACAGUUGACUUUUCAGACUAUUUCUGUCUGUGUGUUCCUCAUUUGAAAUAGAUGCUGAUAUGUUACAGCUGAUUUGUGGAGUUAUUUUGAAAUCUAAACAAGUAGCCCUGUCAGCUGGCUGCAGGGAGCUAUAAAUACUUUGUCUGUUUAAAAUCUACAAAACCAUGAUGGCAGUGUUUACCUCAGAGUGAUGGGAGACUUGCAAGGGGAGGGGAGGGGUAAAUCUUCAAGAAAUAAAAUCAUAAUCUUUGUUUCUGCACCUUAAACCCAUGUAGAAUACUUCUUUAUGUUUAGAAAACUGUUGUUGUUUUAUAGUUUGCACUAUAAAAUUGACAGUUUGUCCAGGAGAAACAUGGCAGCACCUGGGGAAGGACAUCAGGAAUGCAAGCAGGACACAAAUGAGAUGGAUCUGACACAUGAAGUUUGCAAGAAGUGAAAUAUAAAAAAAUAAAAUACUGUGUAAAUAAGACAAACGUAACAGAAAGAUAAAUGCUAAAUCAGCUAAGCGGUUAGAAAAAUUGCCACAUAUGGUAUUGCAAUAGUCACUGUAUUGCAAAAUGUCUAAAAUCACAUUAAUAUCGAAUCGUGGCCCAAGUAUCGUGAUCAUAUCGUAUCGUGGCCGAAGUAUCGUGAUCAUAUCGUAUCGUGGGGCCUUGUGAUUCCCCCCCUAAGUAUUCGCUGUGAUCUAUAUGACUUUGGUAAGAUCAGAUGCAGUGAAGAAAUCUGUAUUUUUGGACUCAAAUGGAUCUCGAUUUUGGAUGUUAGAGGACUUUAGACAAAGUUUGAUGACAGACACGUCUUCAUCUUUUCCUCAAUAUUAUCUCUUGUCUUCAUCCUGGAUGAAAUAAUACCUAGUUGAGUCAAGGUUAAGUUCAGGGGAAAAAUGCAGCUGUAUGGGUUCAGACAUGCAGCUCCAUGAUGAAACGUCAGGAAUUUAACAGUAGUCUAUGUGCGAAUUCAUGCAAGACUGCAGGAUUUUAAAGGAAACAUGAAUAUCAAACCUAGAAUCUGUCCUCUGUUUAGCCAGGUGACUGCUUCUGGAGUUUAAAGUCUCCUUUCAGGUAACCACCUGAUAAGCAGAGAAGAAAGUCUGUAAUUAUAACCCUGAUAUGCUCUGACCUCUAUCUGUUAUCUUAUUUAUCAUGAUGAGUGUGAUUGAAUCUCAUAACACAUAGAUUCAAAGUGGAGCAGUGGCUCCUCUGUUUGCACUCUGUGUUCUGCACACAGGGUCAGAGUUACACAGCAGUUAAUAUAGCGCUGCUCCUUUAGUUUUCUCCUACCCCUGAGUGUGUGUGUCUGUGUGUGUACGUGUGUGUGUGUGGUGUAAAGAAGCUUGUUAUUACUGUACUGCAGGGAGGAGUCUCGCCUUUUCCUGCACCACCAAAGGAUGCAGCUGCAACACAUGCCCACGAAAAAACACACUCAGAGGAAACUCUCAGCAUCUUCAGCCAAUUACAGAGAUGCAUGAAAAGAUAGUUUCAGCUUCCAUUGAUGUCAAUUAGCAUUUUUAUUCCAAUGUUUUCUGAUAUUUUGUCACAUUUUGGUCAUUUUUGUGCAGAAAUGUGAAGAAGUUUUCCAUUUUGAGGAGAAACUGCAGCUUCAGGACAUUUUGUAGAAGAAAAAAGAAACUCUCUUGAGUAUUUUUGAGGCUAUAAUCAACGUUUAUUUAGUUCCUGAUCAGCAGGUUAACAGAUAACUCUGUGUCUGUGUUGCUUCAAAUCAAACAGAAGUGACUGUGAACGUAUUGUCUUAAUGAUAAAUCAGUCUUUUGUUUCCUCUUCCUCUUGUCGGUCUCUUUUCCUUCCUCCUCCUCCUCCUCCUCCUCCUCUUCCUCCCCCUCCUCCUCCCUCCGUGUGUCCAGAUGACAGAGCUGAGUGUGUUAAUGAGUGGGCAGAAAACAUUUUUGUGUCUCGGCUGCUCAGCCUCCACAUUCCUGCUCUGAGUCCAUCAGACCGUUGCUCCAUCAGACGUCUCUGAACAAUGUCACGUGUCUGUGUGUCUCUGAACAAACCAGAAAACCUCUAAACUAAUUCAUGAAUCAGUGUCGUGACAGAUUUCUACAAUCUCACCUGCAUGACACCGUUGUUAGAUCCACACUGUGGCGUCAGAUGGAUGCUGUUCUCUGGCUGCUCGGUCCGUCCUUGUAAACUAGUCUGGGGUUCUGACUGAUCCUUUCAGCUGCUCACUCUGCAGUAAUCACGAAUAGUGAGAUCUCACUUUCAAGCUUCAUAUACAAAUAAACACAGAGCCUGUUUACCAUCAUUAGCCCCUGAUAAAGAUGACUGUCAGUGAAGCACGGUGAGCACAGGAAGAACUCGGAUUGGUGGUAAUGAGGGGCAGACGAUUAUGGACUGCUCUGAUUUUUUGUUACAUUAACUUUGAUCAUGAAGCUUGAUGUUCCUCUAAGGUUUCGCGGUUCAUUAUUGAACUAAGCAAACAGACUGGAUACUCUGUUAGAGUGACAUUUACAAAUUAAAAUCGGCCAAAAGACGCACGUCAUGUAACUUAUUUCAUUACUGCAGCAGACCAACCGCUUGACAAUCACAUCUCAUGCGUGUGUUAUUAAAGCAUGUGGAGGUCAUGCAUUAUAUCAGGUUGUGCAAACAGUAAAGAUAGAUCAGAUUGUGAGUGGAAAAAGGGACGCAGACUGGCUCUGGUUCAGCUCCUUAACUCUCUGAUUGUUCUUGUAGCGACUGCUUUCCUUCAACAAAAAAGCCGCUGGGGUUUCGGUGCGCUUGCGUCUGUGAGUCGUUCAAUUAUCAGUCCAGUUUGAGUGUCAAAAAGUGGCUUAUUGUUCCAAAAAAUAAAAAAACCUACACUGAUCCAGGUCCAAAACUUUUGCCUUUGAAUGAAAAAGUGAUAUGAUGAAAUGAGGUUAAAACAGGAUGAGUGAAACGGUCAACAGAAAACCAUUGUCUGACUACACCGGGGAGAUUUAAAUAACCCGCUAAACAUCCCAAAACCACACACCUCAGUGCUGAUCCCUGGAAAUGAUGUACCUGGUAGAAAUCAUGUGCUACAGUUCUCAUUUUGGCUGUAAUUUGGUGAGUUUAGAUUCUCUUCUCAGAUCACUUGCUAAAAAAAACACUUUAUGUGACAUAAAAUACCUGCAGUGUUCAAUAUAAUCAACUACUGCUCUAGAAAACUUGGCAACCAAGAAGAAUAAGUAGUCUUGAAACCCCUGGAGUAGACACACUAAGGCAUUAAAGUUGAUUCUGGUUCAGAUAACAUCAGACACAGGGUGAUGUUAAACUCAGCACUCUUUCUGUCCGACUCAGCUCUUCCUCCAGAUGUUUUAAAAUGAUGACAUUUGGAUUACUGGAAGGCUUUUAAUGUGAAACAUCUGUGCAGGAAGUCCAGAAGUGGUGGGACUUUCUUUUUCGGUGGUGGGACUCUUCUUGUCUGCGAGCCUUUUUUUCUUCUUCUUCAUUUGGUGAUGACUGUUAGAGAAGAGAAAGUUUGUUUCUCCAAAUGCUGCUUCUUAAAACAUUGAACUGACUCAGGGCAUGUUUAGUCAUUUCAUUUUGUUUUUUAUCUACAAGCACAAACAGCUGCUGUUCUCUCUCAGCAGGGAAACAGAGAAAUACAAACAUGUAGGUUUAUCCAAAACAACAGCCUGACUACAGAAACAAAACUCACCUCUACAGAAAUAGAAGAGGUUAAAGAGCAGACAGUUCAUCUGAUGCAUAGACUUCUUUUUGCACCCAUAAUCCCAGCAUGCACCUGUUCUUUUAACCUCUUGAUCCUGCAGAUUAAACUCAUAUCUCUUCAUGCACUUUCAUUUAUUUCCUCUGCAGAGUUUUGUCUCCUGAUCUGAGUCCGAGUUCAGGUGCAGAAACCUCCUCCGCCACUCUCUUUAUCUCUGCGUCUUCCCGUAAAAAGUCAAAGGUCACAUGUUAGUAACAAUACACAGUGCCACCUUUGACCCUGAUGAGGUCACUUCCUGUUUCUUAAGGGUGGGAGUGUUGUUAUUAACACAGGAAGCUCCACGCCCGCCUGUUUCACAGGGGUGAGAGUGUUUACAGUCUCAGGACUUUCUGCACCCACAUGCUCACACACACAGAGGUCAGUCUGAGGCUGGACCACAAACAUCAACAGCGUUUAUUUGUACACCCAUAUUUUCAUGCAGAGUUAUUUUAUGAGCUAUAGAAAUUUAAGAUCAUCUCAGAGACUUUUACAAAUUGCAACUCCAUGACAGCAUGGACACAAAGUCUCACCAUCCUUAGUUCUCUCUGCUUUCACUCUGCAGCUGCGUAAUGUUGGUGUCCCAGUGUGCCGUUACAUCUCUGAAUCUCUCUGUAGACAUGCAGUAACGUGGUUCAACUUCAGGAUAAAAUCUCCUCCAGGUUGUUUUUUAUCAGCCGCUGACGAUCUCCAACGUCUCUCUGAAAACUCCAAAUCCACGCUCCGCAGCUCCUCCUGUUCCUCUGCAUGUCGGAACAAGUGAGGUGGAGGAAAUCUGUCCUCAAACUCUCACAGUAACUCACAUCAGAUCCUCUGAAACGUGUCAGAGAGGCAUGGAGAUGAUUUACUGUAAGAACGCCCCGAGGUCAGAGGUCAGAGGAGAGUGUGGGUUACCAGUUUGAAUUCAGGACAGACUGAGAGACGGGACUGGUUUCAAACUGUGCAAUAGUUCACUGUUGUUUCCAAGAUACAUGUUUGUAAUAUGGGAGAUAAACUGACUUUAAAGGGAUAUUUCAGUGUUUUUGGAGUGAGAUUGUAUGAGUUAAAUUUUAACAGUAAACGUUUUAACCAUAGACUGUAUAUAGAAUGGACAGCGUCUGCUUCCUUGCUGGGUGAUGCCACUCUGAGAACAGCACCCUCUGGUGACGGGCUGCAGUAUAGGUCAUACAGCCUGUGGUUGUACGAAGAUUGCGUAGCUCACCCAGGGGAUACGCUGUUUGAGCCGAGCGUCAUCACAGUGACUCUCGGCGACUCUCCCGUCGAAUGCUUACAACACUACUGCGCAAUGUUGGUUUCAGGAAAUGGAGAGAAAACGCAGAAUUAGAGCUUUUCGUCUUCAAAUCUGUAUACAGGUGGAAGGUGGAACCAAGUUGUCCAUAGUAUAUACAGUCUAUGGUUUUAACCCUGUAGAAUAAGCCUCAUGCUAAUAGCACAAAAACAAAUGAUAAAGAGCUGACAUGUUUCUCAGUAGAGCGUACACUUUAACCAAGAUGAAUAUUCGGGUCGGAGUCUCUUAAUUGGUUAAAACACUUCUUAGUGACAUGUGACCUACUAUACAUCAGAAAUACUGAAAUAUCCCUUUAAUGUGGAUGGAUUUUUUCAGCGUGAAUGAACACGUCUGUGACCGAAAAUAUGAUGUUAGGUACAUCAUACAGGCUCGGUCAGCGACAGCAAUGACCCAGUAUGAGUGUGUGUGUGUGUGUUAAUGACCUGAGGCGUGUAUCAUGUUAUCACAAGUAGAAGAGUUUGAGUGUGUUCAGACAGAGGUGUGUCUGAGUGGACGGCAGCCUUUAAAAUCAUCAUUCUUCUUCUUUUAUUUAAAUAUUCAUCAUUUAUUUCUCUUUAAGUGUGUCUGUGAGGAAGAUGAAAGCGGGUAAUGAAGCCUGGGUGAUAUUUUUAACACUCACAAUGAUGUUGAACGUGCUCUUUGUUGUGUUCACAGGAUGAUCAGACUGACUCUUUGUUUCUCAGUCUCUCUGUUUAGCAGCACUUCCUGUGACUCAGCAUCCCAUGAUGCACUGCUACGUGUGUUUCUGAUGCUCACACCCGGGACACGUCUUUUUUCCCCCGGAAAAAAAAUUUGCCUCUGAAUAUUUCGUAAUUUCGCGUCAUACAUUUGUGUUGUCCUGGUGUGUAAGGGCCUUUAUUCUUAAAUUUGGAAAAGAAAAAGAUUUUUGAACAUAAACAUCGAUUUAAAAAUCGUAAAACAAAAAAUACUUAUGUGAAUCGAUUUUUUCUCCCACCCCUAGAUUGUAAAGUCAGUGCUCACAGUGAUGUCUUUUAGCAUUUAAUGCAACAUUCAAGUGCUGCAGGAAAAACGAGCGUUCAUCCUUGACUUCAUGACCUCAAAAUAACAGAUUUUGUAAAGUUACCGCACACAUUUAAACUUUCCAGCUCCCUCUGUUUUGGUCCCUGAUGUUGUUGCUGUGCAGCUCAGUGAGGUGUUUGUGUCCUGAUGAGGAAGGAAACGUCUCAUAUACGAGUAUUUUUGUGCUGUAGAUGAGAAUCACUGCAGCUGGGUAAAGGUGGAGUUAACGACAGCUCCAUUCAGCACCUUCUCUGUGAAUUUAAAACAUUAUAAUCAGAGUUUCAGGCUUUAAACAGAAACAGCCGAGCGUUUCCCUCCUCCUGCAUUCAGAGGAAGCAGACUGUUAACUGAAGUGUUUAAAGAGCGCAGCCUCUCCGAACAUUGUGCUCUGAUUGUUCUCACAUUUCUCUGCCUUAUUUGGUCGCUCCGAGCCGUGGGCAUGUUGUUGUUGUUGCAGAGUCACAGGAAGUGAUGUCAUCAGUCCUGGCUGUAAGUGGUUCACCUCUGACCCUUAAAAAAAUAACUUCCCCCCCUGUCUGGGUACAGAUUAAGUAUCCUCUUCUUAUCCAAUCUUCAGUGUUCAUGUCGGCAGCAGCAGCUCCUCCUUCAGGUUUCUGAUCACCUGCUUUGUCUCUGCUGCAGGUGGAGUCGUCUGCGUUUGUCGCUUUGUUCGUUUGUGUUGGCGUCAUGCAAAUUCCUGCGGCGCACCGACGUGUUCGAGAGAAUUUGGUGUAAAAACAUGGUGAUGAUAUAACCAAAUAUCUGAGACUCUUUAUUAUCAGAUAAAUAGAAACAGGAGAUGUUGGCAGCGUAGGAGAACAACAUCACCCCUACAUCAACCAGCAGGCGGUUGAAUUGCAUUACAGCCAGGCCUGGUUAAAUAAUAUAAUAGUUGUAUCUCUUAAACUGUCUGUUUCAUAAUAAGUCAUGAACUGAUCUUCUUCUUUUCCUCUCUGCAGAUCUGUCCAAAAACAGGCUGACGGACGUCCCCUCAGAGGUCACUCACCUGGUUGCCUUGGAAACACUAAACUUGUAUCACAACUGCAUCAGGACCAUCCCAGACAGUCUGAUCGGCCUGCAGUCCCUCACAUCCUUAAACCUCAGGUACACAGAUAUGGUCCUUCUGUCUCAGUGUGUGUUGUCUCUGCUGAAAGGUUGAGUUUGUUGUGUAUUUUAUGAAAUUUGAACACCUCUUUAAGGAUAGAUGUUACAAAUUAGCACAGGUUAUAAAUGUCUUAGUGCCGUCAGUUCACCUGCUCACACCUGCCCCUGUACAAAUCUACAUGAAAGAAUAAUAACAGUGAGUAUUAAGCUUAUGAUGCACUUAUGAUGAGUAAGGGAUAUUGUUAUUCUGCUCUAGAUGUUUUUGUCUGAUCUGAUAGUUCCUUCUUCAUUUCUCACUCUGAAUUAUCUGCCUAAAUUCCUCAGAAAUCAUUACAGUUAUUUCCUCUGUGUCUGGAUAAAACUGGCAGCAAAUCGCUUCAUGUCUGUGAUUGUUCCCAGAUAUUUAACACUUCAUGCUCACAGUAACUCUGGGUUCAUUUAUCAGGAUGCUAACCGGCUUCAUGAGACUGUUUAGUGUGAUCUCCUCAGUCAGGUUCAGAGAGGACGGAUCACUACAAGAUACCUGAGGUUUCUUAAACUCAUAACAGAGCACACAGACCCAAGAGACCUUUUCUUACCACAGCAUCUCGUUUGUUAACCUGCUGAAAAAGAUUGAGAUUAAAAGUACAACACUCAUAACACAACUCAAACUAAGAGCCAGUUAACUUAUGUUUGUCUGUUUGUAAGAAUAUGUAUCUAUUUUACUUCAUGAGUUUUUAUUUUUGCUCUUUUUUUAAUGAAUGAAAGUAUUUGUGAGUAUUUCAGACUGAAUGAUAGUGACAAAGCUGAAAUAAAAACAGCGUGUGUGUCCUUUAAAAUGAGCAGACUGUAAGUGUAUUUCUAUGUCACGGUCACAGCACUUUACUCUUUUUCUCUGCUCGCUGAGCUGUCCGACAACUUUGUGAGUCACUGCGUGUGUGUGUGUGUUACAUGUUUCUGUGGUAACUAACAGUUGACCGAGUGUGUGUCGAUACUUUGCAGCUCACACGCCUGGAUCACUACUACAGGAUACGCUCACACACACUCACACCUGAGGUUGACCUUCACACACACAGGCACACGCACACACACUCGGUCUCUGGCUGUGUGUAAAGGUCAGGUUGUUUCUCAGCAGGUGAAUCUUUUCUGCUCCUUUGAUUAAAACCUGAAACCUCAGACACUUCUUGUUUAAAUCUGGUCGUUUUAUGUUUUUUAUUUUAAUUAUCUUCAAAUCUGGAGUUAAAUUUGCUCAUAUUUAAAAAAAAAUGCACAAAUAAAUCAGCUCAAUCGAUCAGAUUUAUAACAUUUUUCUCACUUAAAAUAAUCUCAGAUAGACUCAAUCAGAUAUUCAGUCAAAAGGAGUUGUUAUUGUCCCUUUAUUCUUUCGUUUUAUCAUGAUUUUAAGCGCAUGCAUAUGAGGACAAAUACUGUAAAUGUUCUGAUGGUAUAAAAAUAAAUAACACUGUUACUGUCUGAGUGCUGCAGCUUUAAUGUGUCUGCGUGCACAAGAUGUUUUCUAAUAUUCAUGAACUCAGGAACACUUUAUUUUUCUCUCUCUCUCACACACACACACUCAGAGUUUUAAGGAAGUGCUGUUUGUCUUCCUCUCCUGUUAGUCUGCAGUUAUUUUUAGACUCAGAGUCAGACAGUCAUCGUCACGCAGCCGACAGAUGUUUUAUUUCUCUGUUAAAACAGAUUCAUUAGUAACAGUUGAACAAAAGUGACCCAGACAGAGCAGAGAUCAUAUCUGAACGCUCUUUUUCUCGGUGCAGAGUCAAUCAGCUGUUUCUGUAGAUCUAAAGUGCUCCCUGUGUGCGAACAGCUGGAUAAACUCAUUUUAAACACUUCCUGAAGGUUAUUUUCAGAGCUGACUCAGACUAGCUCGGACACUCUGUGCUCACUGUGUGUGUGUUUAUGUGUGUUUAAUAUGUGAGUUUUGGUCAGAGGUUAAAGACUCAUUUUGCAGAUUUAUUCAUCCGGGACGCCAAAACAGCUGAAAAACAGAAAGUACAGGGAGUUUUGAUUCCAGACAGGAAUCUGUGGUCUCUAGAGGAAGUUAAAGUAAAAAUGAUGACUUAAGAAAUGACUGAAAGCUUAGAACUGAUCGUACACCUGCUUUAAAGUUUCUUCAUGUGCUUUCACACCUGGAUUGUGAUUUCUAUGAAACCGAACAAAACAAGCGAGCAGAGAGGAGGUGGUUUCACUUCCAGUCAAACUCUGAAGUGGUUUAAUUCAGAGAGAACAAAAACAACCAGAAACCAGAACACACAGCUGAUCGACUCAUCAGGCUUUCUGAUAUAAUAGCAGUAGGAUAGUAUAGGGCUGCACGAUGUAUCGUUUGAGUACCGUCAUUGCGAUGUACGUGUGUGCGAUAGUCACAUCGCAGAGCCCGCGAUGUCAGAGGCGAAUUAACUCUAGUUUCAAGGGUAGCUGACUGAGAUACACUGUAUGUGACUCUGCAUGUGCUUUGCAACGAUCCACCAAUCACAUUCAUUCUUUACUCAGUUGCCAAUCAGACUACCCUGCCAGCCGUCAAUCAAAAUCAGAGAGGAGGAAACCACACCCCUGCACAUGGAGUGAGUUGCUGGCGCUGCCGGUGUUGUGCCAAGAAAUGCAUACCUGCCGAGAAUUACUUUCAGAACGUUACUCAUCACUGUUUCGCCCAACAACAAAAAAAUUGUAUGGGUUUUAAAUUGUACAUUUCUGUGGACCUUUCUACUUGAAGCGGUGUGCAUUUCGCAAGGUACAUGCAAUUCUCGGCAGGCAUGCGUUUCUCGGCAGAACACCGGUAACAACAACGAUUGCAAAAUGAGCAACGAACAAGAGAAAACCACCAAAAAUGAAGAUUUUUUGCCAAAAAGAAAAGGAAAGUCGGUUAUCUGGAAUUAUUUUGGUUACAAAAAGGAUGAUGUCGACCAAACAAACAUGUGUUUGGUGUUUAUCUGUUGCCACAAUAACUUCCCAGCAUAAUAAAAGCUAAAAAAUAUCUCUGGGACAGACAGAAACCAUUCUACUAACAUUCACAAAAAGAGGAAAGAUCAGUGCAGGUUAACUGUCCUCAAGAUUCCAGCAGAAAGUGCUAUUCAGAUCAUCAUUUCCUGUAUUUUUUAACAUCGCAGGGUUGAAAAAAUUGCAAUGUUAGUCUUUUCCAAUAUCGUGCAGCCCUAGUAUAGUAUAUGAAAGUAUGUACACUUAAACUGAGAUGAGUGUUUGAGUCAGAGUCUCUAAAUCAUGUGGCAGAAAACUGUAGCCUAGCCUAGCAUGCAUGGAGGUUCUUUCUGCAACUCUACUUAAGAAACACUAAGAUUUCCAUGUCUCAGUUCAGUCCUGCUUUAGAUGAUUUAGUAAAAAUAAUUCAGUAAAUUUAGCUUUUGCACAACACAAGAUUGACCUUUGCUAAACCCGAUUCACUUUAGACCAUGUUCUGUAGUUUCAUGUAUUAAACCGCUUUAACAGGGAUCCCAAAGUCCGUCACAGUUAUUCUGAGUGAAGUCUGAGUUCAUCUUUAACUCUGUUUCCUGUUGACUCAUCGUCUCUGCUGCAUGUGAAGACUUUAUUCACGCUGUCGGUCAGCUUUUAGAUUUAACUCAGAGAAAAGAGAAAUACCGAGAAAUCUUGAUUCCAGAGAGCCGUGAUGAUCAGACCGUCUCACUGUGACCGCUGACUGUUAUGAAACAAGUCAUGUCACAACAAUAUACAGUCGUGUUAAUGUGUGUGUGUGUGUGUGUGUGUGUGUGUGUGUGUGUGUGUGUGUGUGUGUGUGUGUGUGUGUGUGUGUGUGUGUGUGUGUGUGUGUGUGUGUGUGUGUGUGUGUGUGUGUGUGUUUGCAUGUUCACCUUCAUGCUCUGACAGCCUGUGGUGACCUCAGUGUGUCAGGUACAUGAUUGUCCCUGCAGUAUUACACAGAGAGGAUACAGGACAUGUAUCAGAAAGCUCUAUACUCCCCUUGUAUCUGUGCAUUGUGUGUCUGUGUUGUGUAUCUGGGUUGUAUAACAGCAGUACAAACAGUGUGUGUAUGUGUGUGAAUAUGAAUUCUUGUUGUGAAACACUUUCAUUCUGUCGUGUUUUCACUCCUGGUCGUUGAAUUUUAAUGUUCAGAGGACGUUUAAAUAUUUAUCUCUCCUGACAGUUUCUGUUCAUCCUGACUCUGCUCUCGGAAACAGUCCAUCAGAAGUAUCACAUUUUAUUUUAUCAGCAUCAUAACACAGAAACACACUCAUUAAUGAAGGGUUUUGAGGCUGUCAGUCCCAGAUACCUGACAUUAUUAUCUAUCUGAUCCAACAGUAUAACUCCAGUCACAUGGGCCUGCUGUAUUUCUCAUGCUUUUCCUCCUCCUCAUGUGUUUCAGUCGUAACCAGCUGUGCGCUCUGCCUGCCUGUCUGUGCGGUUUACCUCUGCGAGUCCUCAACGCCAGCAACAACAAGCUGGUGAGCCUGCCGGAGAGCAUCGGGCAGCUGCGGGGCCUCAUGGAGCUGGUGAGUGUGUUUAAAGUCCGACAAACAGAGAACGCUCAUAAUUUGGGGUUCGGUUGCUUUUCUACACGAGUGUAUGAUUUUUGUGUGUGUGCAUAGAAGUUCAGUCAUCAAAUUGUUCACUCUGAAGUUUGUUUUUGUAAACAAAACAUGCCCUAACAAAUCUUAUCCCAAAUUAUUCUGAAUUUUAGAGAAACAGACCAGAUUUAAUAAACAUGCAGGGUUGGAAAAAGUAUCAGUGUCUCUCAAAUUAAAGGGAUAUUUCAGUGUUUUUGAAUGAGGAUGUAUGAGUCACUUACAUAUCUCAGCCCCUUUAAUUAGAAACUACACACAAGCAAGGCUACGGUUUCCUGCAGACAGGACCAACUUUAACACGUACUUUAGCUAAUUUAGAGAUGAGUACGUGUUUGGACUCUUUGCAAACACUGACACUUGAAAUGUAACUCUCCUAACCUCGUGUCAAAAUCCUGAAAUUGCCAAAUUUUAUUUGUAUUAUCCUGCUUGUGCACUUUUUAGAUCAUUAAUGUGAUUUUAGUGCAUUUAUAAUAAUGAACACCUGAAGAGUGUAGCAGGUUUAUAUACCUUAGAUGCAUUAUAACCAAACUUUACAUGUAUUAUAUUUGUUAAAUGUUACAUUUAUUUAUUCUACAAAAUUAGAUUAGUCUUUAGCUUCAUAUUUGAUUUUAUUAAAAUUAUCUUUACGGGAAAAAAAUUAAAACAAUUCAUUGAUAUUGUGUCGUUGCUCUACUCUCUGAGAUUUUAGCCAAAGAAGAGACAUUGAUCCAGCUGCAAAAAUUUGCUGACACAGGUGUUAAAAAAACACUGACCUGCUUUAGAUUGUAGAGAGAAAAAAUGCUGCACAAGGACAAACAAAAACAACAUCAGUUAACAGAAACCUGAACUCAGUAAAUUCAAUACGACACACUGCCGUAAACAUUUCUACCAAAUGAACUAAUAGAAUAAAAGUGUAAAAGGAUUAAAGGCACAAAAACCGCCGAGUUUAGAUUCAGGUUGAAGGACUUCAUCCAUUUCUCUCCUCCUCAGCACCAGAUCAGAUUCAUGCGGUCAGCCAAAGAGCUGAAAGCUGCUAAAGUGUCAGUAAUUCAACCCUCAGACUCUUUGUGUCGUCAGCAAUGAGAGCUAAAGCUGCUGAUUUACUUUAAAUAUAAAUAAAUUUAAUCAUGUGUUAUUGAAUCAGACUCUCUGAACUUCAUCAGAAUAGUUUUAUUAAUAAAUGUUUGGUCUUUUUGUGUCUGCAGGACAUCAGCUGUAACGAGAUCACCGCUCUUCCUCGACACAUCGGUCGACUCAAAGCUCUGAGGGAACUGAACGUUCGACGAAACCUACUCUGUGUUCUGCCAGAAGGUACGUUUGUGUUAAAAUCCUGUCUUUAAAGAAGGUGAAACUCUAAGGAUCAUACUCUCUGUGAAGGCAGUAACACAAACUUCAUCACUUUUAUGUGUCGGUCUUCUCAAUGUGGUUAGACUCUGAAGUGCAAUCCGAUACAGAAAUGGUCCAAUCCCUCCCAGAAAUGAUCCUGGGGGGUGUGUCUGAGACCACAGAGCUCUCUGUUUGAACUGUCACACCCGUCUCAGUCCACUAAAAUAAACUCAGCCCUCAGUUUGACCGGAGAUCGACCUCUAGACUCUGAACAAGACUCAGAGACAGAACAGAGACCACAAACGCUCUGAAGAGACUCCCAGAGUGAACUCUUAGCAGAGUUUAGACGACUGUAUUUACCGCGGUGUCCGUCCCCUCAAACAACCGAGCUGCACACUUUAAUUCACAUUUAAGACGCUGUGCAAUGAAAGCCAGUUAGAAUCAGAUUCUCCUGACGCCCUGAGGCGACAUCAGUAACUGUCAAACCAAACCCCAUUCAGAAAAGUAGCAUUUUAAGAGCUGUUUUCUUCUCCUCUGGCAGUCAGUCCUGAUAGAUCCUGAAUUCAGACUCAAAAUCCUCACCUUGACUCGCUGUUGAAUCAGAUAACUAACCAGAUAAUUAACCUGGUUUGUCUUCAUUCCUGUCCAGAUUUAGAGUUUGAAAAUAGACUGAUAAGAAGUGCUGAUGUUGUGUUAGUCUGCAGACCAUCAGCUCUUUGGAUGUUUGAUGUGACUGAUCAGACCCUGCAGACUCAUCCUGUCCGUUUGGAUUUAUCGCUGCAUUAUGCUGACGUGACACACGCCUGUCCCUCACAUUAUCAUCCUCCCCUCGAUUGAUUGAUCAGGUCUGAUUGAGCUCAGUGGCUGCAGACUGGACGGCACCCCGAAAGGAGGGGGGUGUUGUUUUUAAAUGAAUGUCUGCUGGACUCAGUUUCUCCCCCACAGAGACCACCAUGUCUGAAGGUUUGGGAAGGUUAAAGAGCUCGAAGUUUGUUAGGGAGAAAUACUCCUCUGAGGAGGAACUGAAUACAUGAUAAUACAGAAAAAAAACAGCCCAGAUAGAGAGAAAUGAGUCAUCUUUAAUUUAUAAACAAUGGGUUGUUAAAAAAAUCCAAAUUCAGACAUUCCUCUCCAUCGAACAGCUUCUCUUUCUUCUUCUAACAGCUGAGUCUGAGCUCAGAGUUCAGGGUGUCAGCGUUUAUUUGCAGAUAUUUGGUUCCUAAUAAAAGUUCACAUGUAGAGAAAGUGUGAGUCUGCUAACAAUUACAUCCCUCCUCUGAAAGCAACAACAGUCCCCGCAUUGUUCUCUCUGCUGGGAAACAUGUUGGCGGCUUCAACCAUGUGGAUGCUGCUGCUGCUGUGUGACCCUGUGUGGGAAUAUCUGUGCAUGUGUGUGUUUGUGUCAGAGUGAGUGUGGUGAAAUAGUCCAGACUAGUAAAGUGAUGGGAAAAACUUCAAAUCAGAAUAAAACUUUGUCUCAUAAACUCAAACCCUGAUUUUUAUGUUUCUUUGUGUUUCCUCUCCGGUCAGAUCUGGCAGAUCUUCCUCUGGUGAAGUUCGAUUUCUCCUGUAACAAAGUGUCGACCAUCCCCGUCUGCUACAGGAAGAUGAAACACCUGCAGUCCCUCCAGUUAGAGAACAACCCUCUGCAGAGCCCACCCGCACAGGUAACAGCAGCACACCCACCUCACACACAUGUCACAGCUCUUUUAUGAGUCCAGGUCCUGCUCAGGGUUUUCUGGAGACUCUUUCUGCCUUAAAUAAAAAGUUCCUGUUUGUCUCUCACUCUGCGAAAGAUUGAAUCAGAGGUCUUGAAGAACUUGAUCUGUGUGUGAACAUUUUUACUCAAACAUGAACCAUGAACUGCUGCUGACCCUGAAAAAGAGGGUUUAAUGAAACAUGAACAAUGGAUGGGGGGAAAGAGGAACUGAGCAUGUGCAAGAUUUUCAUCUUAUCGAAGGUUACCAUCUCGACACGACUGCAGAAAUCAGAUUAAAACACAGAGAGAGUCACAGUGAGAUCUUUGUGUUUGUCAAUGUGUGAUUCUGUUUAAAAACCGCAAGGAGGUCUGAGAGUUUACGGCUUCUGUUAAACAUACAGGUUAUCUUUUUUAGAUUUCAUUUGGAAUCACAUGAAUUCACAGCCAGUAAUACAGACUUUGUUAGUUAAAUGUCAUCUGUUACAGUCAGCCUUUUCAGGUUUUAAUACUUUACGUUAUAAAACAAAUUAAAACCAACCAAAAACCCAGCAUAAAAUGUAAAUUUCCUAGUGGAAGGGAGACAUUACUUUAAUUGAAAAAUAAAUAAAAAUCAUAAGUAGGAGAUAUCAGGAUAAUGACAAAAAGAGUCAACAUAUUGAGAGAAAAGGCCAUAAAUUUGAUGUAAAAGACAGAAUUUUAAAAUAAAAACUUUAAUUAAUGGACUAAAGGUCAAUGUGAAAAAAUAAAAAGUCAGAGUUAUAAUGAAGUGAGAAAUAAUUUUAAGAAAAAAAUGUAAAAUUUGGGGAUUGUAUGUUGUAAUGAUGAGAUAAAAAGCCGACUUUAUGGUAGAAAAGUCUGAGUUAUACUAAGUAAGUAGUAAGUAAAUAUAGUGGGCAGUGAUAACAAGAUAGUAAGUCAAAAUCAUGAGAUAAUCACAAGUUACCUGAUACGAAUAUUUAUGAUGAAUACAUACAUUUUUAAUUUUUAUAAUGCCGACUCUUUUUGUCAGUCAUUACAUAAUAUUUAAGUCUGCUUUUGUUUUAUUUCUUAACUGGUGAAAAUGGACUUCCAAAAUGUCUUUAAAUCUAGGAAAUACAAAUAUGUAGAUAUAUUAAAUAAAUAAUAUGUAAAUAAAUGCAUGUCUGAGUAAAAAAGGCUGUAAUGAGGAAAUUCAGGAUUUUUACUUGUCCCAUAAUUCUCUAAACUUGACAUCUUCUCGAUAAAGACGCACAACAGAUUGUUCCCAAACACCUUCUAACGCUCUAAUAUUGAGCUGUUUAUUCUCUAUGAGUGUUGUUUUAAGAAAUAAGAUUUUAAAAUCAUCACUAUAUUUUCGUCCAAACACUCCUUGCCCGGUAUUUCUGAGCCAAAUGAGCUUCAAACGACUCCAUUAACUUUUCUUCUUGCUCUCGCAACAAUCGGCCUGCAGCAGAGUUACAGAUGGAUGUCACAGAGAUGUUGUUACUGCAGAUAUUCGACAAACAAACUCUCUCUCCUCUGUGUCUGUCAGAUCUGUAUAAAGGGUAAAGUUCACAUCUUCAAGUACCUGAGUAUCGAGGCGUGCCGCAGCGAUAAGAUGCCCGACUCGCUCUACCUGCCCGUCAUCGAGAGACUCAGCCUGCACAGACCCACCACCGGCAGGUCAGUAACCAUGGCAACCUCACCUGUGUCAGAGGGUUAAUCCGUCCUCAAACAUCUGCAUGUUCAUUGUGAUAUAAAUAAGGUCUAAUAUACCCCCAUCUGCCUCAGACGAGUUCUGUUUGGUGCUCUGGUGUCUACAGGCUGAAACAGAAAGUUUUAAGAGUUUCACUAAAAGUUCUCAGGGAUGACUUUUUUAGGAACCAAGAGGGCGGGUUGUUUUGUUUUGUUAUCGUCUGCUUCCUCCUGCAGAUUGAAGACUCUACAGAUAGGUUAAAACAUGGAGGAGAAAGGGGGAGUGAAUCAGUGAGAGAAAGGCGGGUUAAAAUAUGAGGAGAAAAUAAAGAAAUAGAAAUAAAGAGGAUUAGAAGAGUGAGUGAAAAAGAAAGAUUAGAGCUCAGACUGAAAGACUUGGUCUGCUUCUGUCAGUCCAGCUCUGAGAUCUCAGAGGAAGAACAGCACAAAAAUGUCCACCCACAGAAAACGCUCCCAACACGUGGGCAGAAGAAUGGUUCCUAGAGCACAAACUCACACAUGCUUUAUCCUUUCUCAGCUUUGAGUGUCUUUUUUAUGCUCCAUUAUGGUCUCUCUAUUACCCCGUCUUUCUCUCUCUAUCAUCUAUCUAUCUGUCUAUCCUUUUAUCUCUCUUUCUUUUGGUCGCCCUAAAGGAAGCUGAAAACAGAUUGAUGCUAUUUUUAAAAGUGUUAUUAAAACAAACUAAAAGUAAAAGGGGGAAGAGUGGGAGUGUUCUUUCCUUCAGACAAUAAAGGAAACAUGUUUCUCUGCAGAUGCCCCGCCAAAAUAAAACACCACAAGAGGCUUUAAUAUGUAUAUAGACUGGAGAUGAUGAAUUUUAGGAUGAAUUUGGAGAUUAAAAUCAGAUUUUAUGUGACUUUAAAGUUUCCCCAGAUCAACAUGAAGUAUCAUCAUGCUAUGAUUUCAAUAUCAGGAUCAGGGCAUAAGGGAGGAAGAGUGUUUUCCUGCAAAUGCUCCACCAGAAUAAAACACAACAACAGGCUAACAUGUAUCUUCACUAUAGAAAAGACAAAUAGGUUUAAUUUUGUGGUUGCGAUUAGAGACUUAAAUCAGAGUUUAAGUGACCUACAAGGUCGUUCAGAGUCAAAUUUAAGCCUUAUCAUCCUGUGAUUUUGACAAUAUGAGAAGAGUAUUAAGAAGAAAAGGGGAGGUAGUGUUUCUUUACAGAUGCCCCGCCAAAAUAAAACAAGGUGGUUAAUACUUCAGAUUGUAGAUGAGACUUAAGGUGAUGGUUUGACAUGAAAUUUGGUGCUUAAUGUGACCAUUAGGUUGCUCCAGAUCAAUUCAAGUCCCUCCAUCCUGUAAAAGCGUCAGAAAAAGGAAGAGGAGGAGGGUCACUCUCUUUGUUUCUCUCUCUCUCUCUCUCUCUCUCUCUCUCUCUCUCUCUCUCUCUCUCUCUCUCUCUCACUUGGUCGCCCUGGAGGAAGCUGAGAACAGAUUGAUGCUAUUUUUAAAAGUCUAUUAAAACAAAGCGCUUUAAAAAAGGGAGGGCAGAGUGAAACAGAGAGAGAGGGACAGUUUUUCUUUAAGAUCAUGGAGGAAGUAGGUUUCUCUUCUGGCACCCGCCAAAAUAAAACUAGACAAAAGACAAACGCUAAUCAGACUAAACAUAAAGAUUUGAUUUUUGGAUGCGUUAAAGACUUUUAAGUUGCUCUGGAUCAACUUCAUUAUCCUGUGAAUUUUUGACGUGAUUAUGAAGAGGACGUGAUUCAGGGAGGAGGGAGACUCUCUCUCUCCACUCUCUCUGUAGCUCACCCACACACACCCCUCCUGUGUGUGUGUGUUAGGUGUGUAACCUUACCUGUGUGUGUGUGCAGUGUGGAGGACAUGGAGCAGCAGAAGAAGCAGGACAGCGACUCAGGAGUCGGCAGCGACAACGGAGACAAGAGACUGUCAGCGACUGAGGUACAGAGAGUGUGUGUGAGAGUGUGUGUGUGAGAGAGAGAGAGAGAGAGAGAUAUUAAUUUGGCUGUUUUCUCACCUGUAGAAACUUUUCUUACCUGGAUGUUUUCCUUUGUUGAUUAUUACUGAUGAGUUCCCAUGAAGAGUUACCGUGAUGUCUUCUUCAUGUUAGUCUCAGGACUGAUGAUGUGGAUAAAUGAUGAAUUUGAACAUCAUUAAUAACGGAUGAUGACUCUAAGUUAAUUUAUGAAGUAGUUUAUUAAUCCAUGAUUGUCUUGGCUUUCCUUAGUUUGAUUAAUUGUGUUUUAAAGCUUUUCUUAAGUAAAUAUCAUUAUCGUUAUUGUGAUAUUUUAUAGUCACGAAAGGUGAAAACCUGAUUUUCUGACAGGCCUGCUACCCUGUAGCUUUGUUUAUCCUUUAGAGCCAUACUGAUUACAUUUGCAUGUGUGUAUUUUCUGUGUUUAAUGUGUGUUUUCUGUUUGUGUGUCGUAGCCGUCAGAUGAGGACAGUCUGAGUCUGAACGUGCCGAUGAGCCACAUCACAGAGGAGGAGGGGAUCAGCAAAGACGACUCCAGCGAACACAUCAGCUCUCUUACAGGUACACACAUGCACACACAUGCACACACACAUACAUGUUAACAUGUGUCAGAAUAAGGGCAGCAGUAAUAAGGUGUUCAGGUUGUUCCAGGAGAGUCAGAGUCAGAAUACACAGGCUAAUAAAAAAAAGAAACUUCAAAAGACUAAUGUGUGCAUACAACCAAAGCAAAGAUCAAUAAAACAUCCAAAGAUUAAUAAAUCAAACUUUAUUCCCUCCCCGGUGAGUGCAGGUAAACAGGAACAUCAGGUUGACACAGAUACCUCAGAUUAUCAGAUGUACUAAACCCUGAAGAAUCAAUCAGUCACAGCAGGUAUGGAAAAUAUGUCAGCCCACACCUGCAGUUGUGAGGUGAUAAAAAGAGUCAUCUGUGAGUCGUUAUUAAAAAAAACUAAAUAUUGUGAAACUGAAACUGUUUGAUAAAUUAACUCUAAUGAGAUGUACUGAUUCACAUUAACACUGAGAACAGGAACGGCUGAUUACUACAGACUGUUUCUGAUCUUCUCUCCUCUGACAGAUACACCCUGUCUGCUUCAUAUGUGUGUGUUUCUGUGAGAGUGUGUGAGAGCGGCGCAGCAGCUCCCCAGACUCUGGGUUUAAAUAGACUUCAAUCAGCCUGAAUCAGGUCACAGCUGAUAGAGAGACUCAGAGAAACAGGAGAAACAGGACGCCUGAUUUAUUUGGUCUCAUUAUCUCUCCGUGUCUCACUGUACGAACAGCUUAUUAGCUUUUACCAAGUAUUUACAAAAUACAAACAACAUUUUUCGAGUUUUAUCAGCCUGUGUGGUAAGUGUGACGGGGAUUUCGCUUUCGCUUUCAAUCAGAAUGAUAUACAGGAACUUAAGAAAUACGAUCUAUUUCCUUCAAAACCCGGCAUGUAGAGCUGCAAAUCAUCAGCGUAGCAAUGGAGAUUAAUCCCAGUGUAUCCAAAUCUGACUAAUAACAACAACGGUGGACCCAAGACAGACCCCUGAGGGACCCCAGACAGAACAGGACAGGGCUCAGAGAGAAUACAUUCAUGUUACAGGUAAAUGUUUGUACCAAAGUAGGAAUAACUGAGUUUUCAGAGUAUUUAACUGCCGCUUCCUCUUUCGCUUCUGCUCCUCUGCAUGUCAAAGCUGUUUAGGGACGGACCAACACACAUAUAAAGACACAAACAAAUACAAACAGGAACACAAUACGUCAUCGUUACCACACUAAACAUCUGAUACUCCACUUAAACCAGGUUUUUAAGAUCAAGACACAGAGUCGCAGGACCCAGUCUUUGUUGUUUUGAGAGGACACAUUUAUUUUGUUGUGAGUUUGUCACUUUGUCACAUAGAGACCAAAUCCAGAAACUGGAAUAAACAGCAGAUAGUUUUCAGAGAGUGUUCAGUAAAUACAGGAGCUGACCUCAGACCUUCACCUUCCUCCUCCUCUUCUUCAUCUUUCAGCGGACACAAACUCCGACUCUGUGAGGCUGAUAGAGGAGAGUCCUACGGAAGCCCUGAGGGACCAGUUCAGCUACAGAGACUCCGCUCUCAGCACACGAUUUGUCAACUACAUCAAGGUAGCAACUCCUCUUUACUCUUCCUCCUAUCCCCUCUCCUGGUUCUCCUCCUCUUCAUCAUCAUCCUCCUCCUCCUCGUUGUGUUCCAGUCGUUAAUCUUUGAUGCAGUAAUGGCCGUCUUCAUGAAUAAUUCCUCCUCUCACUGAGUUGUAGUUAUAUAAACUCUUCUUCCUCCUCCUCUUCCUCUUCCUCGGUGGCUCUAAUGGAGUCUAAACUGUCUCCUUCUGUCUCUUUAUGACACUUUGACUCAGUUUCAACAACGUUCUCAGAGUUUCUGCUGGAUGAUUUGUCCUUAAAGGCCGAGCGGUUAGAGAGCCAGUUCAGUUUUAGAGUCUGACGUCAGACAGUCUGCGAGUCACUGACAGACUCAACUGUGACCAAAUAAGGACUGAAGACAAAACACACACACACACAGAAAACACACUCUGGAUGUUGAGUCAGUUUGUGUUCAGAUCACAGUGAAACUCUGGACUGUAAUCUGUCAUAUCCAAAGUGUUUGAAACUCAUCCUUAGAGGAAUAGAAACCCCAAACUUAGACUGAAUAUGAUCAGAGAUACUAAAAACCAGAACAGAUGAAGACGCUGUUGUUAAAACAGAACUAUAUUUGAUUCAUAGUAUCAUACCUCCCUCUGCUCUCUGGUCUGUUUGACUCUAAAUGGACCAUAAUUCACUAAAUGAAUAUCAUGUUGUAUUGUAGGAGACUGUAAACUAGAGACAGAGACCAUAAACUCAUCAGGAAGAUGUUAUAGAGGGAGUAAGUAAAUCAGCUGAGAGGGGGGACCUGCUGAUUGAAUGUGUUAGCUGUACCGUUGAAUCCAAGAGGCAAAGUUUGACCACUGUUCAAGAGUAAUCUAUAAUUUGCUGCAGAGUUGAAUUGAGAACAGAAUAGAUUUUUUCUUUUUUUAAAUCUCUCAAUUGCAAGGAUAGGUCAGGACUAGAUAAGCUUUUUGCUUCAUUCUGUUCCUUCUCAAACUGUUUUUUUUUUUACAUACAUAUGUUGUGUUAAUUUAUCUUUGACAUGUACAGUUGUUUGGUGUUUUUGUUUCUAGUUGUUUAUUUGUUGUUCUUAAAGUUUGAGACAAAUAAAGAAAAGAAAAAGAAAUAAAGAAUAAGUGAAACAGAGCACUGCAAGUUUAAGGUAUGUGCAGACAAAGAUGAACAGACAAAUUGUGACCCAAACUGCAAGUCAUCAGCAUUUUGCAAAUUGCAGUACAUGAACAAAGUUGGGCCAUCACUGCACCUUUGUUCUCUUCUGUUGCACCCCAAAAAAUGUAACAUGGGUGACCAGGUUAUAUGAUUUCACCUCAAAUUACGAGCACGAGAAGAAAAUAAAGCCAUGUGAUCGGCAGCAAAGAUAAGACGAAACAGUCUUUCCUUGAUGUAAAGUGCGUGGGAUGUUAGAUAACAUUAGAUUUGGUCUGAUACUGUUAGCAUGUCCUGAGUUUUGACUAAUGAAGGUAUGCUGCUGUGUCUUGUUUGUAAAUGUAGCACAUCAGACUGUGCAUUUGAGAUGAUAUAAAUAGGCCCUUUACGUGUUAGAGGGUGUUUACAUCUCACCUUGAAUUGGCAACAUAAGAACCAACAGUUUACUGACUCGUCUUGUUACUUCACACCGUAGUUUCCUCUCUGCUUUUAUCAGAAAAAAGACUGUGACAUACAGCAUAUUAUAGGUAUGGUCUCAUUUUUGUCCUCCAGUGAAGGUUCCAGAUAAACUCUGGAUACCAACUGUGCUCACAGAUCUGAGCACUGAUCUUUCUGAGAGCAGAUUUAACAUCACUCAUCUAGAGGAUCUGCAGAGAUACAGACAUAAAUAACUCAUUUGAUAAACUCUGUGCAAAUAUGAUCUCUAAGAUACAUCUGACGACAAGCUGAAGUUAAAAAAAGAUGCUGCAAAACUUAAGUCAGAGUCAGUUAACCCUUAAACCCAGUCUGACAGAGGAGACAGUUGUUUAUUGUUGUGUUUGUGUAUCAGAGGAAAGCUGUAAUGUCUCUGAAUUUAGCCAAUAGCUUUGUGAGUUAUAGGGUCACGUGACUGCUGCAGCUGCUGCUGAUGUGUGUGUGUGUGUGUGUUAAUGUUUGUUAAUGUGUGUGUAUUUUUGUGUGCAGGGUCGGACAGCAGCGGACUUCGACGAGCCCCUCAGGAUAGAAGAAGACUCACACUGGCCGUCAGAGCAGAUGUAAGAUCAUUAAUCUGUUUGUUUUUUAUGUUUCUGAUUUUUCUGAACCUUUAAUAAUUUUAUUUAUGAUUUAUGAUUCAGAGAUUUGAACAAAAAUAACAUUAACAAACAGAGAACAGGAACAGAAAGGUACAGAAACAGUGUAUUUCCAUUGACCUGAGUUUACAUCAGCUAAUUAUCAAGCAUGAUUUCUAUUAAUUUAGAUUUUUAUUGAUUAAUUUCACCAACACUCCUGGUUUAAAACCCUCAUGAUGACUGAGCAGUACUGCAAUGGCCGCUGUAAUUGUGAGAUAUUAAUUUAAAGUCAUGCUUUGUGUCUCUGGGCUCACAGGUCAAAGGUCACAGGGGGCACAGAGCUCCACAUCGACAUGAUCAACCAGCUGAAGGAGGCCGUGGAGCUGCUGCAGGACCCCAGCAGGUAAAUCCGCCUGAGAUCAGAGCAGACUGAACUUUGAACCCUUUCUCUUUUAGAUGUUAAAAAGUCUAAAAUCAGAUACAACCAUUCAUGACCACACUAUGCAUUUUUAAACACAGUCUGUCUGCAAACAAACUGAGAAACACUUGAAAACAUCAGUAGUGUGAGUUUGAACCCUCAUGUUUUAUGUGUUUGCAUAGCAACUAACAAAGUGCUCCUACAACCGUGACCUGAGGAGGUGAAACUUUCCGUUUUUUAGAGCUAAUGGUUACACGGUUCAGCUGCCAGAUGCUCAAAUUAUGAAAUUCAUCUCUGCAGUCUAGAGUAUCACCAUGGAAACAAGUGGAUUUUUUAGGGUUUAGAUGAAAGUUGAGUCAUCAGAAAAGAUGAUAUAAUAGUGCUGUAGAGGAAAAGACAAGGAUGUAAUGCUAACGGGUCUGAACCAAGAUGGAUUUUAUAACAAAGUGGACAUGAGAACCAUCCCUGCAGGAGGCGUUUAAUGAUGAAGUAAAAACAGAAGCACCGAGACAGUGAUUUAGUCCUUCCUCCAGAGCACUGACUCAGAGUAUAGUAUCACUGAAUAAGCAUCCCUGCAUGCAGUAAACUCUUGCUGCAUCAGAUUCUGUCUGUUUUUACUGUUUGAUUCAAGGUUAUUGCAGGACAUUGAAAAAGACUCAAGUUGAUACAAGACGCCCUGACCUCUGUCAACCCACUGGGUCAGAACCUUUCAUAUAACUCAGGCUUCAGUUAGUCUUUCCAACAUUUAAUCCGGCAGUUGAUUAAAUCAUACUUCUGAGAGUUUGUGUUGACUUUGGUGCUCCCUGUGAGCAAAAAUGUGCCUCUCAUCCCUUUGCAGACCUUGUCUUUAGCACGCCAUGGUGGCAUUUUUUGGCAAAAAGUCUUAUUUUGCUUUACUUUGGUAAUGAAAUGUGUCACACUGCUGUUGUUUCAGUUUGCUGCCAAUUCAGAGUUCUGAUUGCCGCCCCCCACAGAGAUAUUAGGCAUUAAAAAAGACCAUGGAAAUUUCUGUCUUGUUUCUGAACAUCUUAUUUGCUUUUUGUAACCCAUAAAGAGGCAUCAAGAUCAGCUUCAGCCUUUUUAUUUUACACAAUAACUGUUUAAAAGGAGUUAACUAGUAUCAUAAUACAUUUUUAUGUGUGUUUCAGAGUCAACACAGAGCAGGACGAUCUGUCUGGAGUUCAGCUCUAUCCUGUGGAGAUGGUCAAUGUGGAUGAGUCACUCAAGUAAGACUUUCCUUAAUCUUAAAAUCAGUCAUCAUUCACUCCUGUUUUAGUUUAAAAUAUCAUAUAUAGUUGAAACUACUCAUUGCUCCCCUGAGUGCUAACAUCUGCAUGUAGAAUAAUUGUCAGUCACUAUCUUAACGCUGCCAUCCUGAAUCAUUAGACUGUUGCUGUUUGCUGUCCUUGCACUUAUGUCUUUCUUUCUUUCUUUCUUUCUUUCUGAUUCCAGUGGGCAGGACAGUGACGACGGCAUCACCACACCAAAGGUAAAGUGUGCACAAAGAGUAGACAGUCAUCAGCAUACAGGUUGAUAUUUGACACAGGUGUUUAGUGAUGUCUGAGUUGUAAGGAUGGGAAUUGAUAAGUGGUUCCAGCUAGUCCGUACCAACAACAUCAUUGACAUCAUGGGCUCUAUUUUCGUUCGCGCCGGUGAGGCGGCGGAGGGCGGCGAGCCCGGCGUAAGGCGAGUUUGGUAUUUUCGUGGACUGAGUCGCACGGAGGCGAGCCGAGAUCCGCCAAGCUGGGCGUGGUGGCGUGGCAGGGGGAGGUGUUGACAGAAUCAGCUGGCGCAGUGACAUUUUCGUGCUUGCCACCGGCGUGUAACGUGCGCUGAAAGCUCGCCGAUUCAAACCUGGUCAGCUUUCAGCGCAAGGCGGAACGCAGCUGGUCUAGUAGUAUUUUGGUAGACCGGCGGCGUAUCGACAUACGUCACUGAUGCCUCACCGGCAGUUUUCCACAGUGUCAGGCACAUUUCAGUGCAAUAAAUAAUCAUCAACAACUAUUAAUCUGAGUCAGCACAUACAUUUAGAUCUAUAUCGAUAUAUUCUGAUCUAUAUCUGAUCUGAUGAGCGCGUUUGGCACGCGUUUGGGCACACAACCUGACCGAAUCAAUACAGCUGAAACUGCAUCAAAUUAAAUUAAAUAUCUAGUAAAUAAACACACAUGAUGAAGUUAACAAGAUAUGUAAUGUGUCUCCCUCCUUUUCUUUCUUCCUCUUAUUUCUCGCACAGCUCGACCUGGACACGUCUCCGUGUCCUCUGUCCAUCUUGCUUGCUGCUGCGGCUGAACAGCUGAUUUGUUUCAGUGCUCAGAUGCGUUAUCUACUUUAAGCCGACAUACGGAUAUUAUAAUAUUCAGUUUUGUGGGCCAAAUUUAUUUUAUAUGCCAACAUCUAUGAAAGAAAGAGCCAGGCCACGGAGCGCGAUGCGUCAUUUACGCACAGAUGGUUCCAAUUUUAAUGCCAUUUUUGGAGUUUAUGUUGUGAUCUGUGCGCUAAACCCACCUUUGUCACGUGAGGUUUGAAUAUAUGCAACUUUAUGUGAGUGUCUUUUUUGUGGAAAAGGGUGUUUGUCUUACCAGUGGGUCCAACAUUAUGCACACCAAAUCUAUCUGUGCUCAGAUGAGAGAGUGUGGAGGACACUUGUUGAGCAGCUGCCCUCUGUCGCCAUCAUGUGCCAUAACUGUCUUCAGACAUCUCUUGAUCUCUUUGACUACUUCAUGAAAAUAGUAAUACGCCUCGCCGGUGGCGGAUUUAAAGGCAAGGAGAGGAGCUUAUGUGAUUGGUGAAAACAGGUCUCGGCUGUGUUAAACACACUAUACGCCCUCUCUCCUCCCCGUCUAUGACUUAUGCUGCCGGGAGGAGCUGAGUUAGGGAGGGGGGAUACUUACGCCGGGCUGCGCGGCUCACCAAAAUACCAAAAUGUGCUUGGGAACGCCUUGUCAGCGCGGCGGAUCUGAUUGACACUGCGCUUGCGGCACGUCUUCGGCGAGGCACCAAAAUAGAGCCCCAUGUGUUUUUAAGCUCAACGGUUCCCUUAUCAAUGCCUCCAAGUUAGUUCAAUGUGACUUGCAAAAUAAUGACGUGAUGAAUCGUGAAGGACAGUCAGCUUACAUGACAAACAGACAUAAUGAUAGUGGACUGACGACGGUCCUAAAAUCCACUCGCUUCGUGAGACCGGCAGAUUUAUUUUAGAAAGUGACCAGAUCAAAUCUGUGAUGAUUUAUAGAUUAAAUUUAGUAAAACUGUUUGAUUUCUGUUGUUAACUGACUUUGCUAGAUGGAAGCUGCUAUCUUUGUUAUAGUCUAUUGACCAAUCAGAUGCUGUAUCUGCAAUCAGAUGACCUGUCAGAAGACAAGUCUUUUCUGUCUCAGCAGACCAGUGAAGGUAAUAAAAUAUAUGUUCCUAACAGCCUGUUUCAGCCGACUUUGUUGCACUUAAAAAAUCCUUAAGGAUUGAUAAGGGACUCAGUAAAGAAUUGAGUUGAUAAUGGCAUUAGUACUGAUAUAAUCUUAUCAAUUCCCAUCCCCAGUGUGCUGUUCAUGUCACCAAAAACAUUUUAAAACCAGGUGAAAACAGGAUGUAAGAAAGUCUUUCUUUACCAGUAACACUUGGACUAUAGAAAUCAAACAAUCCUACAUUAUAUCAUGUCCAUGUCCCUCUGAAAUAUAGAGUCUAUAAGUUUGCAAGCAUAUAGAAGCAUCUUCAAGUUCACUAAGACUGUAAACGUUUGAUGGGCUCUGUAGCAGCAAACGGAGGAAGGUGGCUAUGAGUUCCAGAAGAAGAGACAGAUGAUUCUAGAGAAGGCCAGGUUUGAGGCCCAGCUUGCAUGUCGGGAGUAUGAGUGGCAUAUGUCCAUCAAGGUAAAUCCGGCGGGAAGUAGGCUUUGUCCCGCCCCUCAGGGUGUCCUGUCCUCAGUGUGUCUCACAGUGAGCUGGCACACAUUCAGUCCUGCGUCUGUUUGCUGGGAGGUUUGUUUGAAACCACGCUGAGCUUUCACAUGUGGCGCAACUCACCUGGCUGCAGGUGUCACACAUGAACAGAAAGUCUUAAUCCAUGGCUCUGCAUCACGUGUCAUAUGUCAGUAGAUUUAGACUAACUUUAAGCUGGAAAACUGACAGUCAUAAUGUUUAAAAUUGAGCUUCAUGUGUAAGUGAUGUGUGAUCAGUUAUUUCACUGUUUGUUCAUAAAUAACCGUCAAUGUUCCUCGGCAUCAUACAUGUGCUUUUCGCCAGUUUUGAGUUUUUGUUUGGAUGUGUUUCACUGUUUGAUGUGAACCUAGUAUUAUCUCUGCCACUUGCCAUGAUAGCACUCAUAGCAUUUAUAUCAUUUUACAAAAUGACUAAUUUUAUUACUUAUCAAACAGACUUGUCCAAAGGUAAGACUUCUGUCAGUUAACGGUCAAAAUAAGUAUAGCAAACACAUCGGUUUCCAGGGUGUAGCUAACACUUGCAGAGCUAGCACCACCAGCCUGUAUUCCAGUUUAUUACACACAGCCGUUAGCUGGAGCUGGUGAAGACUUGGUUAGAUACAAUAUAUCACUUUCUGUUUAGGCUUACAAUGAUACAAAUACUAUCAACUCAUUCUGUAAUUCUGAUGCUAUCCAGUGGCGGUGACAGCAUAUUAUUUAUCAAGUAAUCUAAGUGCGUACACCUCUUAAUUUAGAGAGAAUAGAAAUUAACAUGCUGUAAUUUUUUGCAGAUUACAUGUGAAGCCUUUUUGGUGUGAUGUGGAAACUACCACACAAUAUAUCAGCUUCCUGUGUGAUGUUUCACAAGCAAAAAAAUAAAAGAUAAACGAGAUAAGAUGACCGACUCAAACUGCAAUCUUGUAGCUCACAGAAACAGACUGAAAAGAGAUUGUAGAUUUCAAAAAGAGAAGAACAAGAUUGCUUUCCUUCCCUAGAUACAUCAUGACAUUUCUGUGAAAGAUAAGAAUGAUCGUGUUAACAAACUUGCUGUUGAGGAUCUGAAUUACUGACCUCUGUUCACAUCAAUAAGAAUUCAGUCAGAAACAGUUAUUGAUUUCAUGCAAAGAGUUAAAUUUAGAGAUAUGGCUCUGUUCUUGACUUUCUGCCCUGCCUGAACUAACUCUAUGCUCAUUAUUUGAGGGAUCAACAGCAUGAAAACAAUAAAGAGCAUCAGCAUGGCUGUUGUUGUCUAGUUUUGAGUGAGGUGAUAGACAAACAGAUUCUUCAUUGGGGUGUUGAGCCUGUGCGUGACUUUAGUACACCCAGCUGGUGCAUCAUAAAAGACAAAAAUACCAGUGUAGACACUGACAGACAGUAAGAAUUGCAGAGCUUUCUGGGUAAUAACCAGUUACCUGAGACUUUAAAAGACAGCCACAGAGCAGACUGCAGACUGGUUGUUUGUAUUCAUUUAGAUGGAAGUCCCUUUUGAACAGAGACUGGACUUGAGAGGAUGUCAUGGUUGUCUCCAAAUAGACUUGACCACUCUGUCCCUAUAGAAAUCUAUACUAUUCAGACUGUCUGCAGUUAAAGUGAUAUAGAGUCUCUCAAAUACACUGGCUCUUUCUGUCUCUGCUGGUUUUAUACGAUAGUAAAAGACUGAGAUGAAAGAGAUAGAGCAAAGUGACCUCAGCACAGGAGCAUUAAGUGUUCAAUGUUGUUCCUUGUCAAAUCUUUAUAUCUGUGUGUCUUUAUGGGACAUAGUUUAUUUUUAAUCGUCAAACUGAACAACUUUAUCGCCAUUUCUGUCACCUCAGAGAGAUGAUCGGUCUCCAGUCAGCGGGCAUCCAUCCUUCCACAGCCCUGUGUUUGGACUGAAGCCACGAUCAGGUGAGUUAAACCUGGACUACAGCGAGGGAGGGGCGAAUAACUGAACUGGUAGACCCACAGGUUGACUAAAAGUUACUUUACACUAUUGUAUGUGAUCCUUGCUCAUAGAAAAUCUGUGACAGUUGUUAUUCCCUUUAAUAUUUAGUAUUCAUUCAAACUUGAUUUUAUUGAGGUUACAGCACUGUUACUAAUUAACCAAUAGGCAGGCGGCUCUAUUAUCCAGGCAAGUAAUCAGAUAAGGAUUUAGCAGAUACUCAAUAAUCAAAAUCUGAUGAGGAUUAGGGCAAAAAAAGCAAAUCGGACAUCUCAUUUUAUCAUCCUUAACCAUGAAACCGGGUUCAACCGUCUUGUCUUAUAUAUCACUUUGUUAUUUAUAUUUCUGGAGGUAAAAUCUUGAUUAAUAUAUGAACUUCAGUUAUAAAAAUGUGGCACAAUGAAAUAAAAAUAUUUUAGAUGAAAUCAAGAGUCAAAUUCAGCUCCAUGGUCACUGCUUGUUGGCUUUAUUUAUCAGACUUUGUCCCAUGCUUUGUUUUGUUUUAGAGCUAGCAGCCAUCCAGCUUUCGUUUGCUAACUGUUAUCAGUCUGUGAAAUGUUGCUAACUGCUAAUCGAGCUAACAUGACGCUAACAGCAUGUGGAGGUGAUGUGUUCUGUGAACUGCCACUAACCUUUAUUUUGUUUUUGCUGUUUUGUGUCGUCUCUUUGUUUCCCCCAUUUCUCACAUUUCCUCCCUUGAUGCUCGUGUUUUUUUUACUCCUCUGUCUCUUUACUCCUCUCUCUGACCUGCUGCAUGAUUUUUGGUGUUAAAAUCACGUAUUCGUCCUUUAAAAUCUGCACGUGUGUCUCUGGUGAUGAAACCUGCGUCUCUCUGCGUCCUCCUGUUCUUAAACCGACCAAUCCCUCGGGGUCUCUCUCCCGGUGAUAUUGGUGUGUUUCCGGGUGUUUCUCGUAAAUGACCUCUGUCUUGCUGUACUUACUUCACCGUGGUGCCUCACCUUCCUGCACUACACACACGCCACGCCCACUUCCCCUGUCUCUGACCGCACCCACCACCUCCCGGUUGUAGCCCCGCCCUCGCUGCCCUGCUCGCCCCCUUCUUCCUGUCUCGCCCCCUCCCUCCUCUCACAGGCCUCGCUCUUCCAUAGAGAUACUGCUCGUAGCCAUGACGACGGAGGCAUGCACAGUGGCGGUAGGUUCUGCCUGUUUGAACUAACCAGGAAGCUGCAGGGUCAGAUUGAACACCUGGGCUCAGGUGUUUGCUGACUUCAUCACUGUCAAAGUUUUCUACCAGCUGCUUUUGUUGUGUUCUGGGAAAAUUUCUGCAUCGCCUUGACUCUUGACUGUUUUUUUUAUGAUCACUUUUGUUUUUUACGACAGGUGAGUAUUAGGGCCACAUUAAGAAAAAAAAGGAGAUACUAAAUCCUUUGGCGUUUCAGCAUCAUAUUGUCAUUAGUAUCAGGACAUAUGCAAGAAAUGCAUCUUUUCCGCAGAAAGAACCAGGCGGACUUGUAGGGAAUCGCUGUUUUUGAGGAGGGGGAAAUGGCUGGAAAUGGCUGUGCAGAGGCUAAAUCCCUCAAUGCAGCCAUUUAUAGCAACAGUAUAUAGCUUUAGCUUAUCGUAUGAAUCUAUAUGCGAUAAGGUGUUGGUGCUUCUGCAGGUGUAGGUUGCUGCCAGUGUUGUGCCGGCAUCAGAGACAGACGCGGUGCUCGCCGGAGCUCGACUCUCUCUGAAUCACAAAUGUUGAUCAUCUGUUGGAUUGUUUCUUAAGAAACCACAAAAGCCCUCUGAAUGGCCCACUGAUACACUCACUGAUAACUCUGCAGUUGACCAGUUCAGCCAUUUCCUCCUCCACAAAAGCAGCUUUAAGACUUCAUUUACUUUACAACUUUAUUCUCGUAAGUAAUUACGAAACUCUUAAUUUUUUUUCUUCUCAAUGUGGCCCUUAUACUCGGUUGUAGUUUUUUCACAAGUCUGCAAAGAAAUAUUUUUGUUUUGCGAGGGUUAUUCUUGUUUGCCUUCUUGGAGAAAGUCUGGCCAGUGCAGCGUAGCUUUAGGACUAACUAUCCUGCAGUAGUUUUCCUGUUGUGACUCAUCAGCACCCCCUUCUGUUAUAGACUGAAAGCGUUCCAAGAUUAAUUUCUGUUGUGCUUUCUUGCUCCUAGCGUUUGCUAAAAUAUUAGGACUGUCACUUGAUCUGUGUGCGUGUGUUAUAUCUCAUAUUCGUAUCUUCAUUUGGACCAAGUGUAGUUUGCACAUUAUAAGAACAGAAAUUAAUCAUGAGGAUAUCUUUGCAUUAUGAAGACACUUUUAUAUUCAACUCUAGCUUUUUAAAAAUAAGAGUUUUGAUUUAGGUCUUGCACAGUAUGAUGGGGGAUUAAAAUCACUUUAUGUCACGGUGAGUCCUGAGUCCUCAUAUAGGCUUAAAAACAAACUUGAGUGUGUAGUAGUAGUAAUAGCAGACACUCAUCAAAGAGGAGCUUCAUCACCACACUCUGCUUUCAUCUCCAGCUGCUCAUGUGUGUGCGUGUGGUAACUGUGGUAUGUGGUAAGGGCUAGAGUAUCUCUCCCUCUCUUUCUGUGUGAGUGUGUGUGUCUGUGUGUGUGUGUAUUAAUUGCCACAGCGCUCACCAGAAUCUGUAAGUUGAACAUCCUUGAAAGGAUCAAGUACAGGGUGUGUGAACGUCCUCUUACUCUUUAAUCAUCUUAAAUCAACACAGUAAGAAAAUCUUAUUAUUAGACUCACAGUUGUACCCAUUUUUAGCUAUUUGGCGUUUCACUCUAUGGGUUUGAUUGUAGGAUUUUAACAUAGCUGAGAAAGUGUCCAAUGGACAACUUCAGAGAUGCAGACUGAUGGAAGUGUGGGUGCAGUUAGCUGUGGAAUCACAAGCAAGAUCGAGGUUCACCAAACCAAAGACGGAGAGAUAGAAAACCACCAUGAAAAACAUAGUGAGGACUCCAGAAGAAUGCAUGAUUACAUAAUGACCACUCCCUCUGAUCAACCUGUGCUGUGUAGGUGAUCUACUAACUAUCAGAUAAUCUAAAACAGCAGAGGCCAUAUCAGGACUGUACAGCUGUGUGUGUAUGUGUGUGUGCUGCACCUGUAAUAUGAAUGAGCGUGUGCACAGUGGUAUGUAUUUUUAGCUCUUAUAUUUUAAGUGUUAGAUAAUGGUCCCUGAAGGAGUAUCCCACUUCCACUAGAACAGGGUCCAACAUUUUAGAUGGAUCACAUCCGCCUGUGUGUGUGCGUGUGUUUGUGUGUGUGUGUGCGCCCUGAGGCCAGCUGUGUUUCGGUGCAUUUGUCUAUAAAGGCCCUGAUGUGUUGCAGUGACGUUGAACCAUUUGAAGUGUUCACAGAUCUCUGCAGAGACUCUUAAGGUUCAUUUCGUAACCUAAAACAGUAAAAUCAUUGUAACAUACAGUGAAUGAUGGGGACUGUAGGGAGUUUAUGUGUUAAUGACACACACACGCACUGUCACACACACACCCAGAGGGCGAUGAUUGGCUGUUAAUGAGGUCGGGAGUCGUGCUGAUGAUGUGUGUGUGUGUGUAUCAGCUCCUGGUGAUGUCAUUCUCCCUGAGGCCUGUAAACCAUUAGUCAUAAUGUUAUCACACACACACAGACACACACAGAGGCAGUAGACGCGUCUGUCAAACACUCACACGAACUAACUCUGUUUUGAACACACAGUAAACAUCUCGAACUGUUUACUGAUUCAUAGAGAGGAUUUAUUUUUUAAAGCUGUGACCCUCAGGCAAAGUUUAAAUUAACCAAUCCAAACAUGAUGGAGCUGUUGUUCUCUUUAACCACGCUAAAACGAAAUAGUUUGAGACGUGAUGAAAACUUACAUUUAGUUCUGAGUAAGCGAAGAUCAGUCCUGAAGGUGGCGCCGGUGGGGAUGUCUGAGUUGUGUUCCAUUAGGGGUCUCCUCAGGAUAAAUGAGUGUCUCCACUAAUCACCGCUAAAGUUAUUUUCUGUUCUGUUUUAAACUUUGCUCUGAGGCUUGUACUCACAUCAGCUCUCAAAUAUGGUUAAAAAACUCUCUAAAAUAACUGGGAGGUCAAAGGUGGGUACAAAAUACACAUUCAGAAAUAAUGAGUGAUUUUUAAAAGACAAAAAUUAAUUAUUUAUUUCAAUUGAUUAUAUUAAAGAAAAGAUUUUUUCUCCUAACACCAUGACCUUUAUCAUUAUUUAUUUGUAUUUAUUUAUCUAUUUAUUAAUACAUUACAUAGAAUACUUUUCUUUAUUAUUUGUAUUUAUACAAAUUAAUACACACAUAUAUUACAUUCUAUACAUUUUAUCAAUUUGUAUUUAUUCAUUUUAAAAUGUUUUUAUUUAAAUUUAUUUAUGUAACAAGUCUUCUUAGCCUUUUAUUGCCUUUUGGAUUAUUUUUAAUACAUACUUUUAUAAUACCUUUAUCAAUCAAUAUGAUCAACAAAUUACUAAAAAAAACACCUUAGCACAGUCCGAUAAAUGAUAAAAAUAUCCUCUUGUGGUUUAUCAGUUUCCAAAAACAUCCGAUGUAUCAAACAAUAUUAAUAAAUGUAUUUGUAAAAUUUUAAGGACAUUUUGAUUUUUUUGGUUUUCAGUAGUAAGUUAAAUAAACAUUUCAGCUCCAAAAAAAUUUGAAUUUUUUGGCCAAAAUUUGUGGUUUCAGGCAUUAUAAGGUUAAUUAUUUUUUUAUCAAUUUUUUUAAUCAGUUUUUUUUUUUUCUCAACUCAAAUAAUGAACACAAAGACUGCAGGCAGAUUAAAUGGUGUAAAGAAGAUAAAAGUUAGAGAGCGAUUUGGACUCUGAUUAUCCUGCACCCUUCUGAACAAACUUUCAUCUGUCAACAUCACUGAAUGAAAAACACGCUUGACUUGCAGUCAGGGGUCAUGAGGCGUCCUACAUGUGACCUUGAUUGGCGUUCACUCUGACACACAACACAGGAUAAAACGAUUGAUUUUUGUUUUGGACCACACUGUAUUUGCAUUCCAACCAAGUGGUCUGGUUUGAUACAUAUUUAUUUUGUGUUCUCAUCCUCAGAAGCUGAGAAAGGUACCCAAAUAACAGACCUGUAGUGUCCUGUUUUUUGGUGCCCUUCUGUUGGGAGUGAAACUGAAACUAAACCAAAGUGGAAUUGCAUCAUAUGACGGUCCUUACAACGUGCAAUCUGACCUCAGUGUUACUCUGAGUGUUUAGUAUGAAGGUGUGCUAACAUUGAACUUGUAAACAGAUCAGAGAAAAGAGAGCACAACAGAAAAAUGGAAAUGAAGAGAGAGAGAGAUAAAGAAAAGGAGGGGGGUGUUCAGCCGCUCGUGAAAUGACUCGACCCAGAUGAUAAAACUAAAGAGAUAAAACUGUUCGUCCUUCAUUUCCUCUUCCUCUCAACCCCCACAGAGACGACUCGGGAUUAUCAGAGACAAACAAACAAAGAAAGAAAGUCAUCACUCAAAAACUCAAUCUGCGCUCUGCUCCAAGUCUGAGAGCUGCUGCUGUAAACUGGGACAUGACCCCAAAAACACUCACCGACACCUCAACCUGGGUCUGAGUCUGAUUAGACAUACCUGCAGGUGCUUCUUACCUGUCUCAUCCUGUACGGUCAGAGCUGAACGUCACACCAAGUUGAACUCAGAUAUCUGAAAUCAGUAAAACACUCAAAAUACCGUAAAAUUAGCUGAACAUAAACGAGACAAAGUGGCUCUGAGAGAUCAUAUCCUCUGAAACAUCUGUGCUGUUCUUUUUUCCAAAUGUUCUCAUUAAAAUUUUAUUAUUCUGAGAACAUAAAACAAAGAUGUUUGAGUAAUAAUGAAAAUAUCUUCAUUUUAUCUCUAAUAAUGUCUAACAGACUCUGCUCUGUCUCUGAUUAGGCUCCUUGUUUACUCUAAAGGUAGAUUAUCAUUUAUUUCACAGAUUAAAAUACUCUGCCUGCACUGGAAAUAAAAACAGACAUUUUCCCUCUGCAGAGGACUGCAGCUCCCCCCUGUGGUCACUCAUAGAACUACACUCUCUGUUAGUGUUCAGCUUCAUUUAGCUUUAAAGGCUGAUUUAUGUGUGCAGGAAAAUAGGACACUGAGGCGGUGAGUGAUUCACCCCUCGGUUCAGUGUGUGUGUGUGUGUGUGUGUGUGCGUGUGUGUGUCCUCCUACACACUGAGAGCUUCUCUGUGAGUCUGUUAACAUUCACAUUCACUGAAUUCUUAUUUUUAUGGUUAAAAAGCUUCAUGUGGAGAUAAUCUUCACAGUGGGCGUUGGCUGUUCAGAUUGAUUCUGCUCUUAUAUUUGUCUGCUUAAGAUGAAUCUACAGCCUGUUGUUGGUAGGUUUAACAUAAACUUGCAUCUUCGUUUAAGAGCAACCACGUUUUUUUUUUUCCAGGUUUGCAGUACAUGAUACCUCUGCCCUUAAUAAGUAUCUACAGUGAUACCUCUUUAUAUCCAAGAGCAAACAAAACUGUUGCUAAAAAAAAAAAAAAACAGUAAAUUCCAAAUUGUAAAUGUUUGAUGCCUGUAAUCUCUGUAUAAUUGACAGCUCACUGUCCGUGAUUUACUUUUUCCACCUCGGAUAUUCUCAAUGAGUGAUUCAUUUGACUGUCAAAACAGCAGGGCAGAGUUUUAUGAUAGAAAACAAGCUAUUCUCACAUAAGAAAACACCUACAAAUAACAAAUAAAGUAAACAAAUGAAGUAUCACUUUGUCCACAGGGGGCGCCAAAUUUUACACCAAUGGAAAGUUCCUUACUGGAGCUUUAGAGAUGAAAACUAACCCUAACUCCAUGAGCACAAGUUUAGUGAUUUUAAGCAGCCGUGUAAUGAUCUUUGGAUGUGAGUGAAAAGCAAAAACAACAACCUUAUAUGAACGAGUUGCAUGUGUUCUCAGUGGGCACACUCAGAAGUUUCAUGUACUAUGUUUGAUCAUUUUGGUGCCUUUUGAUUGGUUUUUGCAAAAUGAGAAACACUUAUUGUCGUCGUUUCCCACUCACUGUAACAGAUACUUCGUCUUUGUCAUCCUGAGUUAGACAGAAAAAACAGACUGACUUUAUUUAAGGGGUAAUCUCAGUUUUCAGAAGGUUUCUGUAAUUGGCAUUUAGUCUUAAACCCUCAGCUACUGUCUCACAACACAGCACUGAGUUAAACAAACACACAAAUAAGGAAGCACAAAACCUUUUAUUUUGAAAGUUUCAUUUUGAUGUCAGUUAGUGUAACACAGUUUAAAAUUAGCAACAGAGUCUUUCCCAGCCAGAUGAGUUAGUGAUAGUUCAAUUAUACAAACUGCAUUAAAGGUCAUUUCAGCAGCUGAAAGCAAAACUUCAAGGAGCUCAAACAAGAUUUUUUUAAUGACUCGUCUGUUUCUUCCGUGGAGCUGACCUCAAUGUGCGUCUGAGAUCAAGCAUGUCUGUGCUGUUUCUGCUCCAUCUAAUCCUGCCUCUCUCCUCCUCCUCCUCCUCCUUUUUUAACCCCUGUGUUUGCUGCAGUGUUCCUGCGGAGCCACAAGAGCCUCGAGUCGGUGGAUCCUCAGUUCACCAUGAGGAGGAAGAUGGAGCAGCUGAGGGAGGAGCUGGAGCUGAUGGAGCAGCUGAGAGAUGUGAGACUCUUACAGAAACCAUCACUGCUUUUUUCUACGACAGGGGUCCUAUUUUAAAACAUCUUCCUUCUGGUUCAGUCAGCUUUCAAAACUUUGUUCUCCUCUUUCUCAGUGACACUUGAGGACAACAGAAACCAGCAUGUUGUGUCCCAGUUCUGAGCUGAUCACUAAUUUAGAGUCAGUCUGUCCUCUUAGUUCACUUCAUGUCAGGAAUCAAACCAGAACACAGCUCAGGGAGAUAAAAAUAGACACCUCUGUCCCUCUAUAAAAAACACAAAGCAGCUCUUUUCUCUGUUCAGAGGAAUCGUACCUGAUUCAUCAGUAUUGUACAAAUAUGACAGAAUUUUGUGUUUGUAAAAUGACAACGGAAAUGGGAUUUUGUUGUGCACUAUUAGGGCAAAAGGAGAGACUACAAAAUAACUACAAAAAUAUUUUCCUUUUAUUCAAUUUUUUAAUUGAUUUUCAUAAAAAAAAAGUAAAAAAAAUAAAAAUUAUGGAUAUGAUAGAAAUGAACAGUAAAUAUGCAGUGAUGCAUUUUUGAAAAAAAGGGGAAAAUUUAGAGAGGAGACAAAGGGAGAUGGACAGAGAGAGAGAUGGAGAGAGAUUAGACUGAAUGACACGUUCAAACUCCAAAUUUAAACAGAUUCUUAUUUUUACUGUAAAUACAAAUCUCCGUCAUCAGUCUCCUGAAUUUUUGAUAAUUAUUAUCAGCCUUGAAAAACAAAUACCAGUCGACCUCUAUUUUUUACCAUAACAAUGUUGAUACAGAUGGAACAUCUACACUGGAAUGAUAAAACAAUGCCCACUCAGUCCACUAGAUGGUGCUGCUGAGGCAGUCUCUGUUGGGGUCCGAAGUUGGCUUCAGUUUAAUUGAAAUAUUUUCGUUACUAAGAGGCUUUAACAUUGAAAAACUUUGGAAAAAUUACACUCAUUUAAUUUUGUUUUCACUUAAAAAGUCUAAUAAAAAUCUAGUGUCAAAAUAAUAAAAUAAAAUACAGAACAUAAAAAAUCAUAUUUUCUGUUUCUGUCCUCAGAGCAUCGAGAGCCGGCUGAAGGUCGCCCUCCCUGAAGACCUCGGCUCGUCUCUGAUGGACGGCGUCGUGCUCUGCCAUCUGGCCAAUCACAUUCGCCCUCGCUCUGUGGGCAGCAUCCACGUCCCCUCACCUGCAGUGGUACGUCUUUAAAACUGUUUUUCACUAAAUAUUCAAGUUUCUUAUUCCCGUCAAACAGAGUCUGAAGAGCUUUAGGUGACCUUUUGCGUUAACGUGUCUGUGUGAUAUUUCAGCCCAAACUCAGCAUGGCCAAGUGUCGGAGGAACGUGGAGAACUUCCUGGACGCCUGCAGGAAGAUCGGUGUACCAGAGGUAAGGCAGGAAACUCAUCUCGUCUUUCCUGUUAGCACGCUGCUAACAGACAGUUUCCUCUAUGAACACAGGGUGUUUUCAGCUCUCUGCCCAAAAACCUGCAAAACUUUUCCAUUUGGAGAUCUGUGCAUGUCAGACUGAGAGGUUGAGCAGAGGUUGCUGGCGUUAGAAGCAGAAAGAGCUCCAUCCGUAACAGUUUAAUAUGCAUCUUUUUAGUGCAGCAGGUACAACUACACACAGAGGUCUCAAACAGGGGUAUGUUGAUCAGCCUUUAUCCCUUCAAUUACAGCAAAAACAUCCUUUACAUAGCAAAUCAUAAGUGAUGGAUCUGAGAGAUUAUGAGGCGUGAAGUCUGUUUGUUUGACUUAAUAAAUGCUGCGUUUGAGUUACCUCGGAAGUCAGAUGUCCGAGCUGGGAAUGUCAUCACACCCGAAUUCCCAUCGUUUCAGUCACCAAGUCGGAAAAAGCAAAAUCGAGGCGGAAACAAGAUGGCUACAUCUAUGAAAGUUAUUUUAGUGCGUCCCUUAUCCUUGCUUAUAUUCGGACAAGGCACGCACUAAAAUAACUUUCGUAGAUGGAGCCAUCUUGUUUCCGCCUCCGAUUUUGCUUUCUUCCAUCUUAGGCUGGUAACUCGGGUGUGAUGUCAUUCCCAGCUCCGACGUCUGACUUCCGAGGUAACUCGAACGCAGCAUAAGACUCCAUUGCUGUGUUUCCACAAAGUGCUUCAUUAUCAGUUCAGAAAUUAUUCACAUUUCCUCAAUCAAAAGUUAGGAAAGCUGCUAAAUGACCAACCUGUCCUGUCCCACUGUUUGGCACUAUCUUUUUGGCUGACUGACUUCUUACCAAACUGUGGACUCACAAACAACUUUUAAAGAAACCAGGAAACUGAACCAGCAACCUCCAGUCUGAAAACACCCUCAGUUCAUCAGAGGAACUUCCCCAGAAUCCUGCUGCUGAAAUCAGACACCACUUUGGUUUUUGUUUCAGUUUAUAAAGUUUAAUAAACUGUGAAGGUGUCCUGCAAAAAGACAUUUUCAGUUUGUUGAAUAUUGAUCUAAAGAAAAAUGAAGGUCGUCUCUCAUUAGCAGAGAGUAAGUAGUUACUCAUCUGUCAGUAAAGUCAAAAUGAAAAAAAACAUUUUUUGCAGAACACUGAUAAAGAUACUAAACUAUAAACCAGAUCUGGGAAAACUCUGAAUAUUGAUUCAAAGUCUUCACCUUAAAUAGUCCCAUUUUUAAUCUGGUUUAAUUACAAAACUUGAUCUAUCAGGUGUCUCCCAGGUGUGGUUUAAUGUUCUUACCUGCUUCUUUUUGUUCUCAUCGCUUUAAACGGGUUUAUUAAUGUCAACGUUUAACGCUGAGUCAUCAUCAUGGCUGCCUGCAGCUUCCUGCUUCCUCCAUCCUGACAGGAGUCCAUCAAACAGAGCUGAUCUGUGUAUAUGUGUGUGCGUGCGUGUGUGUGUAUGUGUGUAGACUUUGCUUCUCUUGAGAACAUUUCAGAGUUUCAGUCUUGAUGGGUAAAAGGAGAGUAAAGUGACUCAGUCUGUGACUGUUCAGGUCAUGACUGAUGCGUCCAGUGAAAUAGAGCUCAAGGAGAUAGAGACCCAAAAUUAAUCUUGUGAAAAUCUUUGGUCAUUUUGAAAUUGUUAUCAGCUAUAUGUCUCUAAAAAGUAGUUCCAGGGUUGUGUUUCUUGUCAUAUGGAGGAUGUGGUUUGUCAUUGUCUUUCUGAAAUAUGAAGGUCUUCCCUGAAAAAGUCAUUGUCUGGAUGUCAGCAGAUGUUCCUCCUAAACCUGUAUAUUUAUAGUUCAGUAUUAAUGGAGAAAAAUCACGAAAAUACUGAGAGCUUUUCGGCUUCAAAUCUGUAUACUGGUGGCAGGUGGAACCAAGUUGUCCAUAGUAUAUACAGUCUAUGAUUUUGGUUCUCGACCUUUUUGUCUCUGUUUGUGUUUCUUGAACAGCUUCUUUCAAACAUGUUGGUGGCAUCAAAUUUCAAAUGAGCAAAUAUUGUUUUCUUAAAACAGUCAAACUUUGCAGCUGGAGUGGCUGAUAUGUUGUCUUUGCUCUUUUUACAGUUACAUUUAGGUUUUACAUGAUUUGCGAAACCUAAAAUUCUUGUUUCGUACAGCGUCCCUGCUUUCAUGGACUUGAUUGUGUUUGUUUCUGUUAAUCUGAACUGUCUGGUUGACCUUUGACCUCCAUCUCUGCUGCUGCUUGCUGACUGUCUCCGUCCUCUAUCUGUGAGAGAUGCUAACUCUCUGCAGCCUGAAUGCUUCACUGAUAAGGCCUCUGUAUGCUAAUAACAGGAUCUCUAAACUAACACACUAAUAGCUUCUCUAAGCUAACAUGCUAAUAGCUUCUGCGCUAACACUGCUAGCGCUGCUAGCAUUGCUGUGCUGUUGGCUGACUGCACCGGCACCUCGCUCCUCAUGCUCUGCUCACUGAGAGGGGGCGGGCUCACCUGUGACUCCACCCUCUUAGUAAGCAGAUCUGCUGCCAUGGCGACCAACCCUUGCCUGCUUCACCUGAUGUCAACUCACCUGCUCACGCACUCUCCUCUGUGACCUUUGACCUCUGUGUCCAUGUUUAACCUCCUUUCUUUCUCUCUUUUUUACUUUCCGGCUGGAUCGCACCUCCUCCUCUUUUCCUCCUAUCUUUAUCUUUUAAAAUUUGCUUCAUCCAUUUACCAUCUUCUCUUUCAUUUCAUCUCUUUCCCUCUCUCCCUCUCUCUCUCUCUCUCGUUCUUUUUUUUCUUAUUUUUCUUUCUUUCUUGGAGAACUUUGAAACAUCUCUCCUCCAUUUUUCAUUCCCUUAUUUUCAUGAUUGUUUACUCUUUCUUUGGCACUUCUAUACCUUCACUUUUAUUCCCUACCUCCUUCACUCAUACACUUGUUUCCUCCUCUCUUUAAUUUCCCAACACAUUCCUUUAUUUUUUUCCCUUCCUUUCCUUGGUUUCCUUCCUUCCUUCCCUACCUGUUCCAUGUAUCCCCCCUCUAUUCCUCAUGGGGGCACCAGUCCUUCCUCUGUUCGCCCUAUGACAUCAUCCAGUGCCGCCUGCAGCCGGUCCGCGUCACAGUUCGGGCGCUGGUUGCCCGGGAUACAGCCUCCCAGCACAGGAAACAAGACGAGGCGGUCUCGCCCUCAAACCCCGCCCCCUCUGCGGUGUCAAAGACUCCCUUACUGGUUUCUGUCACCACUCAAACCCCGCCCCCCGCAUGGCAAAUCUGGGACCUUAUUGGCUCGAGCCUGCUGCACAUCCUCUGCCUCCUUCUGCUCUUCUUGGCCUAUACUUGGAGCGAGUUAACGUAACCAUGACAACAGCCUCCUAUCAGUCGCCUCUAAGACCCUCCCUCUUUCUGCACAAGCCACUCCCCCUCUUACUUUUUCCUCGCUGCAUUCAGGUCACAUGAGAAAAAUCAGGUUUGAAUUUAACAUUUAACUGAAACUGGAAAACGAAUAACUCGAAUUACGUAGACCUUGAACAUCAUUGACGACAACUACAGAUAUAUAUAAUCCUCAAACUUCUGAUGAUCCUGUGUGAUUUGAAUGCAGCGUAAGCCUGAGCCUCUGCCCCCUUACCGCCGUCUUUGACUCUCUCUUUUCGUCGCCAGUUUGGAGAAAAAUCAGCUGACAAAUAUUUUGGUGUUUUAUAAUAAACUGGACGGUAACAGGAGCAGGAUUUCAAAGUCACUGAUGUCUUAUUAACAGGAUGAGCAGCAGAGAUAAUCUGAGUUUAAGACGUUUCACAUCAAACUCGGAUUCUGUUCAAUACAGUAAAACCUUCUCCGUGGUCUGUAUGAAUGAAAAACAGACCAGGGUAAACAGAGUAGUGAUCCACUCCCCCCUAAAAUAACAAAGUCAGUGUUUGUGUUCAUGUUUUUAUGGUUUAUAGAUUAUAACAUGAAGCACAGCGCAGCUUUGUUGGUACUAAAGUGACUUUAUUACAUGAUCUGUUUAACUCAAAAAUCUCCCAGCAGCCAUUUGGCCCCGUCUUGGAAGUCUGGUGGAAAAUUUGGUCGUCUGCAUUUGGAGUGAAUAUUUUUAGUUAAUAUCAUGAGAUAAUUUUUGGGACGCCAACAAACAUUUUUCUUGACUAUAUUUGAGAAAUUUCAAAUCUCAAAUCUUGACAUCCCCAAACCCAGAGGACCAUGAAUCAGUUUUAAAUGACAGUUUCUUGGCAUGUAUUAUAGUUAGUCAGAAAUCCUUCUGUUCUGUUUGAAAGUAACCUUUUCCAAAUUUAAACCUAAUUUUAUACAAACCAUAUAAAGAUGUCCAACAUGGCCGCCAAAUGACACUGCUGCAGCCUGUCUGUUUUAUUAAUGAUGCUAAUUUAUCAGUGAGGCUAACCAAAUUAACACUACUUUAGGAACCACAAAGUGAAUAAAAACAAAAAAAGAGGCUGGUUUCCUGCACAUUAUCAGAUUAACUAAAGCUGAUAACUUAAAAGUUUAAUUUUUGUGUCUGUAUUUAUGAGCACAUGAUUCCUGACGGAAAACUAAACAAAACCAUGAUACGACAAAGUAUUAGGGCCACAUUAAACAAAGACAUCAUGACGGUUUUGAGAAUAAAGUCAUUAAAUUAAGUCUUAAUGUAUCUGGAAUAAAAUAGUUAUGUUGCCAGAAUAAAGUCAUAACAGACUAAAAACAUCAUGUUACUGUAACAUUGUAGAUAUGUUAAAACAAUAAAAUCAUUUUGUUAACAGAAAAAGUCAUACAGUAAUACAGUCAUUAUGGAACAACAAGAAAGUCAUUAUGUGAUGAGAAUAAAGUUGUUCUGUUACUUAAACAAAAUUGUAAUGUACUGCGAAUUAACCCGAUUUAUUACAAAAAAAAAUUUAAAUGUUGUUACAAAAUGAAAGUUAUGUCACAGGAAUAUAGUUGAUGUUACAAGUCGUAACACAAUAAAGUCAUUAUGUAUUAUGAGGUCAAUGUCGUGACUUUGUGAGUAUUAAGUCGUUAUGUUACAAAAAUAGAGUUGUGAUACUGUGACAAUUUACCUUUCACAAAAAAAUAACAAUUUUAUGUUACAAAAUUGAUCAUAAAAUUUUCAUAAAAUGAGGAUAAAGUCAUUACGUUACAAGAAUAGCUAUGUUACAACAAAUAAGUUGUCACAUUCCAAAAUGUAAAAAAUCCAUAGAAAAUGAUUUUUUACAUUAUGAGAUUAGGUCAUUUUGUUAAGUGCUAACUACAACUUAAUCUUUGUAACAUUACAACUGUAUUCUUGUAAGAUUCUGACAGUGUAUCAACUGUCUUUAUUAACAUAACAGCUUAAUAUUUGUAAUAUUAUGAUUUAAUGAUAUUUUUCUCAUUUUAUUAAGACAAUACUCCCGUCACAUAAAACCUUUAUUCUCGUACAACAGACCAACUUGUUCUUGAAAUCUAACUUAAACCUGUAAUGUGGCCCUUUUGCGCUGUCGUACCAUGAUAGAGAUGCACUAACAAUGAUAAUCAGUUUAAAAUGUUUGAUUAUGAAGUGAAGAAGAACCAGAAGCCAUAUUUUCAAAGUGAUUUUUUGUUUAAAUCGGUCAAAUUUCAAUCCUUGAAUUACUAUACAAUUUAAUUUGAGUGGAGUUAUUUCAGAAAAAAAAUGUAAAUUUAUUUAUUUAAGAUACUUUAUUUUCCUUCUUUGGUAAAAUAUCAUUGGAUAAAGCUGCAUGAACCCUGAUAAUGUGAGUGUUUUGGUUUGAUCUGAAGGGCUGUAGAGGACGGAGGAAACAGUAAAUAAAUUACUCGUCUGGAGGUUUUUAUUUUAGAGAGUUUGAUACACAGACAACUAAAAUGUUCUCUCUUUGUUGAUAUUAAGAUGAACUUUAAACUGAGGAAUGUGAUUUUCUCUCUGUGCUCUCUCUAUCUUUAGAAACAGUAUUUUAUGGUGCGAUGUGAGCAGCUGAUUGGCUGCUGGUGAACUCACACAGACUGAAUGAGCUUGAACUGGAUGAACUCUGACUCUGCCUUUAAACAUGAUGUGAAUUACUCUGAAUGUGAAUAUUUGGAUUAUUGACCUCUUUGUAUUCAGUGAAUUAUUAUUUCUGGCAGUAAUUUUUUGCUUUCUGUUGCCUCUUUCUCUGCACAGAUUAGUAUGAUUUUUUUUAACUUUGUGCUGAUGUGAAUGACUUGAUGUGUGAGCGGGUUAUUUUUAUGACUUGUAUGAUCUCUGACUGUGUUUCAGACUGAGGUAAUAAAUCAGAUUUAGGGACACCGUCUCCUCUGUGAGGUUCUUGUUAAAGUUUUAGGAUGAAGGUUUCAUUUCUUGUUUUCCAGGAGGUGAAUUUUUUUACAGUUUAUUUACUUUCUUGUCUAGAUUGAGUAUGAACUCUUCUCUCACAAACGCCCGUUAGAUAUAAAAUUACUGUUAGAAGAAAGUUAUUGUCAUGGUUUGAUAGUUUCAUGCAUGCAAAUAGUAAAACUAAAGGGAAAAUAAGAAGUUAUGCUAAGCAAAUUUGGUUCAAGCUUUGCUGCAUUUUUAAUAGAAAUUACAUUUUUAUUAAGACAAAGGAAAGAAAUGUUGAGAUCUAAAUGUUAAUUGAACAAGAAUACAGUCAUGGUAUUUACAAGAAUAAAGGGGUAAUCGCAAAAUAAUCACAAUUUUAAGAGAAACUUAAAAAAAAAACAACGUUUUAAUCGACAAGAUUAAUGAGUAUAAUAAUUUCAAUUUAUAACCUAACUUUUAAAUGAAUCAGUUUAGAGAACAUUGAGAGAAUAAACAGAAAAAAAUAUAUACAUUUGUGAGUAAAAGUUUUACAUUUAAGACUAAAUUUAUUCAUUUAUGACAGUAAACUAAAUAAAUGAUUGUAAAGUUAUGAUAUUUUAAGAAGAGAAGCUUCAACGAGAAGACAUAUAUUCACAGGAAGUCAUGAUUUUAUAUAUUUUUGUAGAACUUACAAGAUUAAAAUCAAAAACUGAAUAAUUAACUUAAAGAUGUAAACAAAAGAAUUCUUAAAAUAUGAAUUUUAUGAGAGUAAUACAAAAAAUUAUAACAAUAAACCUUUAAAAUGAGGUUUUAAAAGUAUGAGAAUAAAGUUAAUUCACAAUAAUAAUUUGUAAAUAAAUGCGUUUGAACAAAAUAUAGUCUUUUAAACUUUUAAAUAAGUUACCAAAAACAAACUUCAUUCAAAGUAAUUAAAGAAUUGUGAAUUUAUGAGACUUAACUCUUAGAUUUUGGAUUAAAUUCGGAUUAGACUUUGUAUUUUCCUCUGUAUUCUUAUCAAAUUUAAAACUUAGAGGAGGAAAAGCCCCUUCGUUUUAGGGUCUGUAGAUACUUUCUGAAUCACUUUGAAAGUCCUCUAACGUCCCCACACUCACCUGUUCGUCUGUUUCUGUCUCUCAGGACAAAUUGUGUCUCCCUCACCACAUCCUGGAGGAGAAAGGUCUGGUGAAGGUCGGGAUCACGGUUCAAGCUCUGUUGGACGAGGGAUCCCCCCAACAUGGCCCGCUGACGUGAGCAGCAGGGACGCACCGACACCAGAAACAAACACGCACCUGGACGGCCUCUGAGCUCUCUCUGCACCUGUCUGAGUCACUCUGUGUUUGAUUCAGGAUACAGAGGGGACAAGGAACUAAAACAGCCAGAAAAAAAAAGAUAAAUUUACCCUAAACAGUCAGAAAAACAGUUAUUUACCCUAAACAGUCAGAAAAACAGGUUUCUUUACUAAUUACUGAGGCAGGAUGAUGAUUUAGCUCCAUCAGGGCAGAGAUUUCACUUUUUUAAAGCAUGUGAGUAAAAAUUAAGUCUGACUUCACCUCAUUUCUUUAAAUCCAACACAAGAGACACAAACUGUGGACUGAAGGGCAUCAACACACUCACUGAAUCUGUGAUUUCUUUUCUUCCUUAGACAUUUUUGCACAUGUUUGCACCUGAAACUGUAAAGGAAUAUCAGGACCACUAGAGAGCAAAAAAAUGGCUUUAAGUCCAAGUAAUUUAGGAGAAAAUUUAAGGAAUGAAACAAAUAAAAUACAACUGGAUACAAUGAGAUGAGCAGAUUUGACAUUUUAGCAUGCAAUAUUACAAGACAAACUAAAAUGCACAUAAAAAUCAGAUGCAAUACCUCGAUAAAAGCUAAAAGAAAUUGAAGAAAAUUCAUAAUUUUAACAUGUUUUUGACUCAAAAUUAGAGCCAUAAUGCAGUAAGUCUUUUGUAUUCAGGCCAAUAACUCAAAGCACACUUUUUUAAAAAUUAUGAUUAUGACCCUUUUACUGUAAAAUACAAAGACUCUUGUGCUCCUGAUACUCUGAGAAACAAAAGCAGAAGCAGGAAGGUUUAAAGAUCAGAUACUGAACUCUAAAUUAGUCGUAGAAAUGACAGAGUUAUUAAUGUUGUUAUUCUGCUUUAGUAGCACCCAGUUCACAUGUUUCUAAACCAUCAGUCAUUAACCUGCUAGCUGUGGAGUUAUCCCACCUGAGGCUUCAGGUGGAGACUUUGUGCACUGUGUGAGAAUCUAAAACCAAAAUAUGCACCAUGGAGGGAAAUUGAACCCUGAUUUCUAUUUAAACUUUUAAGAUAUUUAUGAUAUAAAGAGACGCAGUUUGAGCUGGUGAAACAUUCAGAAGAUGAAUAUCCAAAAAUAUUUUCUCUAAUAUAUUUUAGCUAAAACUAUGUCUGUUUUCAAAGUUUGACUCUAAGCUGUCUGUGCGUCUUUAAAGCAGGUCUGAGUCUGUGUUUGUCUCUAAAGGAGUCCAGGUAAACCUGAGUGUGUUCUCCACUCACCUCAGGUCUUUUUACACCUGACUUUUUCAGUGUUUCUACUGCAGCAGUUUCUGUUUUUCACUCUGGAUGAUGUUUUUUUUAAGAGAUUCAGUUUGCUAAUGUGCCAAAACACAACAAAGUUAAGGGAGAGUUUUAGUAUCGUCAACCUGGGAACUCUUUUUACAUAUUUAUGGAUCUUAACAAUAAAAAGGAUACAGAAAGUUUAAAAAUGUCAGCAGCAGAUUUCCUCCUCCUGCAGUGGUUAAACAGGCUGUAAUGUCUCUAAAACUUCUUGUGUUUUCAGAGUCUGACAGCGUCACAGAAGGGAACUACACAGUAUUUUAGUAACACAAUAACACAUGCAUUGAUCCAACCAUUUUUGUGUUGCUUAGCAGCCUUUCUUUUUAAUUGUUUAGACUCCCAGGUUGAAAAAUAUAAAAAUUCUCCCUUGAUGAAAAACAGUCACAGAACAAAAUCUACGGUGGCCCUGAAGGACAACUGCAUGAACAUAUCAUUACUUAAAAAAAAAAAGCAUCUCGGUGAUUUGGAAAAGUAUGAACAGGAAAAAGAUCAAUUUCACACAAUAUUGUAAAUAAUUCUUUGAAUGCAAAAAGUUCAAAAUUCAAUAUUAAUUUAAAAUUAAUUUAAUCAUGAAAAUAUAUAUAAACAGAUAUAAACUCAUGAACACAAAAAAAUUCAAAAAUUCUUCAGAAUUAUUCGUUUUGUGUUUCAUGACAUUUUUGCACAUCAUGAAUCAAUUUUUGCUUUUAAUAUUUUGGAUAAAUUUAAUGAUUUUUUAGUUUAUCUUUUUCCCACUUUUUCAAAAAAAAACUGAAAAAUAUUUUUUAUGUUCUGUGAAAUAUUUUUGUUUCAUUAUAAUGUUUUUUGUGGUCCUGAAAUAUUUAUCCAGUUGACCUUCAAGGCCACCGUACAAACACACUGAUCACUACCUACAGCCCCACACUCCACCUCUCCUGCACAGCUGCUUCCAUGUAAAUAUUGACUCCUGUCAGCUUCCGUACUGUAAGACUCUGGAUAAAUGUGAGUGUUUCAGAUUUGAUGAGUGAGGAUGAGGAGGGUGAAAAUUAGGGAGGAAGAGAUCUCACACAGCUGCAGCUCUGACGCUGAUGGACAGGUCGGUGUGUGUGUGUGUGUGUGUGUGUGUGUGUGUGUGUGUGUGUGUGUGUGUGUGUGUGUGUGUGUGUGUGUGUGUGUGUGUGUUGGAGCUGCAGCUCUGUGAGGCUGUGUGUGACUCAGGGUGGAUUUACUACACUGUUGAUGCUUCAUUCCACAACCUGCUACAUCAGCACUGUGCGUUCGUGUGUGUGUGUGAGUCUGUGAUCCUGGUGGCUCUCUCAAUCAGGUGGUUUUGCAGAUCUGACUCAAAUAAAAACUUUAAAGGGACAGUAUGUCUUUAAUUAUCUUUGUCACCCUCUGCUGGUCACUGAAGUCAAUCACAGUUUUUAGACACUGACAGGGUUUUUGAUGCGCUUCAGAAAAUACAAAAUCAAGUCAUAUGAAAAAUAAGUAAUCAUUGAUUUUAAUUUUUUAUGUUCUUCAUGAAGAAUGGUUGUGUUUUUUUCUCAGUUUGAGAAAGGCUGACUGAUCCACUGACAUCAACACAAGGGCGCGUUCACACCACCCUUGUUUAGUCCGGUUGAACUGAACCCUGGAGCGUUUACCCCCUUGGUGCGGUUUGUUUGGGUCAGUAUGAACGCUGACCUCAAACUCUGGUGUGGACCAAAUAAACGAACUCUGGUCCGCCUGAAGAGGUGGUCUCGGAUCGCUUUCAAGUGAACUCUGGAUGCGCUCCAGAUGAGUGGCAAAAGCAAAAUCAGCCUACGAUGCUUCAUGACAGGCAAAGACGGCAGAGCGCGAUUUGUAUUCCCGCAUAAACUAAUGACCAAUAACCGAACGAUAUUCGUGGUCACGUGACUUCUGGUUCAGUUUUCUGGAGCGAUUGAGUUUGUCCUUUGUGAACGCAAACCGGACCAGUUAAACAAUCUAAACAAAUGUAUCGUCUUGCCUUGGAUUCGAAUCAGGAAACGGACCUUUUGGUGUGAACAUGACCUAAGAUUCAGAGUUAGAAAUUUAAAGCUCCCGGGAGAAACUUUCUUUUUGUCUUAACUUUGGCGCCCCCUGUGGACAAAAUUAGAUCUCAUGUGUCGCUGUUAACCUGUAUGUGUAUAAUCCUGACUGAUAAAUAAUAAGAGUUUUAAUGAACUGAAGAUGUCAGAUUAUUAAUGUAGUGUUGUAAAAUUGUAGUGGUAUUUAAAUACAAGAGUCCAGUAGAAGUAAAGCACCUUAAAUUUAUACAAGAGAUUGACAAAAGAUCACAUACUGUCAGGAUCAGGUGAAAACAGACAUAAUAAGUUAAACUAAAGAUUAAUUAAGUUUGCUUAAUGUGGGCUCAUGACAGUUGAGUUUCUGCUUUAGAAUUGAUCACAAAUUUACGGACUGUCCCUUUAAAGCCAAAAUAACAGCAGGUCUUGGAUUAGACUGAACUCCCUUUAACAUCGAACUGAGACCACAUGAGGAGGCAGACCCAUGUUUGUGUGUGUGUGUGUGGGUGUGUGUGUGUGUGUGUGUGUGUUUAGUGAUACAGCUCAGUAUCCAAAGUUUGAUCUUCUCUCAGAUUCAGCAGAAAAAUAAGUUUUUACUCGGUCAGUUUGAAAGUUGCCAAAACAAACAUUUUAUCAUGUGAUUAAAGUUUGACUUAAAUGUUUUUUAUUUAGUGUACAGGUUAUUGAUCACAGCAGAUUAAUGUGGUUUAAUUCAUGUUUGAAACACAGUGAUGAGUUUUUCUGUUUGUCCAUGUACUGUACGUUAAAACACUCACAGCUGCUGCUUAAUAAACCCACAAUUACAGGAUAAAACUCAGAGUUACACACUGUGGAUUAAGUUUUAAUCUCUAAUUAAAUGAAGCAGAGAAAAGUUCAUUCUGUCAUUCCUGAUGUUAAAUUAUUUAGAUUUUAUUGCUGAAAACAGAUUUUGGCACAUUUAAAAACAUUCUUAGUGAAGCAGCAGGUAAAAAAAAGGGAGUCUGAUGUCUUUCUGAUCACGUCUUCUCUCCACUCGUCUGUUUUCUCGUCACGUCUUCAGUGUUUUUUGGGAAAAGCAAUAAAAACGUGAGUGUCUGCUCCCUUACAAUCUGCACUUUAACCUUUCUUAUUUAUAUCUUUGUUUUGGCAACUGACCGAAUCUGAGCUGAAGUCUGAGGAAACAGUUUAAAAUGUGACGCUGUGUAAAUGUGUACAUGUGGUGAAAAGAGACUUUCCUGCUGAAGCAGUGUUGUUGUUGUUGUUGUUAUUGUCGUUUUUUAAUGUCUCUUAUUUUGUAAAGAAACUUCCUGUACUCACGUUUUUGUACUUUUCUGAUGGUGAGGAGAUUUAUUUUUUAUGUGACUUCUUUCAGGUUUGUUACGAAAACCUUUUUGUAACUCUUUGUGAACCUCUUUGUGUAAUUUGUUGUACAGCAGCUCCAAUUGAAAUGCAUGAAAUGUCCCUUUAAUGUCGCCUUAACUGCUGUGAAUACUGUAAAUACUGCACUGUAUUUCUCAUGACUUUAUCAGUAAAAAGCAACUUUAAAGAAACAAAA